ACCACGUGGCCCUCCCUUAGCAACGGGAAGAGAUGUUUUGGCACAGUCAGCUGGGGGCCAGGUUAGGAUUCCUGAGGGGAAUCCACAGGGUCGCGGGCAUCUGGAAGAGGCGAGGAGGAUCAGCAGUCAGUUUCUGAGGCGGCUGCUGUCUUUUAAAAGCACACGGCCUUUAAGCAUCAGGGUUUUUUGUUUGUUUGUUUUUUGUUUAAAAAGCCAUUCUGCAAAAAUGAACCAUCCUCACCCUGGGUAAGUGAGAAGGUUCCAGAUCUUCAGGGGGAGGGUCAGGGGGGAUGGGAUAAAAUGGGAUGGGGCAGACAGCGAGCUGUAUAUAUUUUGUGUGUCUUAAAAACCUACCUAUUCACCAGCUGGGGGGGCUUUUUGGUAUUGUUUCAGGGUUCAUCUCCUGUUUGAAAAUUACAUAUAUGUGCCUUUUCUCCCCCAUUACCAAAACGUCAUUUUCUUUUCAAAAUGAAAGAGAGGCUUUUAUGUAUAAUGAUGACAUGCGUCACUCUCGCCGCCAGAGUUGCAAGCGUCAGGUGCUAAACCUCAAUUAAUGGAGCAGAAAGAUAUGUUUAGUGCAAAGUUUGUUAGACAGCAGAGGAAUACGAACAGGGAAGUGCCACAGCUGAACUCAUUCAUAUUCUCCAAGAGCGAUGCGGUGGCAAGGAGCAUGGAGGGGUAAUUUAAUAUUAAAAACCGGUAUCCAAACUAAAGUUACUAUUAUCUUCCUCCUUUUGAGUUACCUGCCUAAAUACAAAUUUGGCAGCUCUUGCUAUUCAACCAGAUAAGUCUUUUAUGCAACUUAAAUGUAGUAAAACUGAUAUUUUAAAGCAACUGUGAUGAGUUGCUUUCUUGUAAUGAGCCAUCAGAAAUAAAGGCUGGGAGGCAAAGUAUCUCUGAGCUUGUCUUGCAUUUAAUUUAAGGUUUUCUUUUCCCUUUCCCUUGUAUCUAUCACCUUUUCAAAGAAGAAGAAGAAAAUGGAGGGGAUCCAAAUUUAAAUCAUCACAAGUUUCUUGCAUUAGAGAUGCAACAAUAACUUUGACUUUCAAUUCCCAUUGUCAACACUGGCUGUUGUUGUUUUUUUUGUUUUUUUUGUUUUCUAAUUAAUUAUUUGAGAAUUGCUUAAUUUGCUAAAACAUCUAGCUUUUUAUUGGGUAAUAUUCACACUUGUUUUGAACUUGGACAGAUGAUUAUUUUUAAGUGAACUUUGAGUGUUUUAAACACAUGAGCUUUAGUGAAGAUAACCCCUGAAGCUGUGUGUAUAGAUUAACUUAAUGAAGACAAAUCCAUAUAACUUGUUUUUGGCAAAAAAUUAUCCAUGCUAAGCCAUGCCAACUGAAAUGCUGUAUCUGGCAUCGUUCUGGGAGGACUAUUACACAAAUCUGAUCCAUGGAGUGCUCUGAUGUUCAAUUAAUGAUGGACCUAUUAUGAAUUAAGGGAUCCAGAUUAAGUUAGUUGCGCUUGGUUCUUAUUAAAACCAAUGGCAUUUACAUAAUGAUUAACUUACUCCGUUGAUUUCAAUGUGACUUAAACUUAACUGAGGCUACAAUCCUAUACCCACUUACCUGUUAAGUCUCAUUGAACUCAGUGGGUGAUAUCCAGGACAUAGCAAAAAUAUGCAAUGCAGCUUUACAUAGUGUCAUAAAUAGAAUGUGCAGGGAGAGGAACAGGAAACUAGGCUAAUCUUCUACGAUCUUCUACAAAGCCUCUCCACAUAGUUCAGGCAAACCUUUUUGACAAGGUACUAGUGACAACUAGAAGCCACAGUGGACAAAAUUGUCCUUCUGUGUAACUCUUAAAGCUGCUAUAGACCUAUCAGGGUAUAUACUGGGAGUGAGGAACAUAUGGUCUUUGCAGAUGUUGCUGGAACUCCCAUCAUCCCUGACUGUUGGCCAUGCCAUCGUAUCUGUGGCUCUUGGGUACUGAGGCUCAAUAUUGCAGAGGGUGCUGCAUGAGAUGACUCUUUGGGUCCCUCCCAACUCUGCAGUUCGAAGAUUCAAACAUUGGGAGGGCAGCAGGUUCCUCACCUGUGGCCAAUGCUGGAUCACUGGCCUUAAGCUCCAGCCCUACUAUUUUCCGUUGCUGCCUAUCAAUACUGCUGCCUCCUGUGAUCCUUGGCCAUAUAAAAGUGUUUGUGUCAGAGACCCAUCUUCACCUUGGUUCUUCAAUCCUUCAACUCUAUCUCUUGACCAUUCCCAUGCAUUGUUUUAUUAGCCCACUUGCUACUCAAUCACCUAAGCCUCUUUCUCUUCCUUCAAGGCUCUCCAGACCUCAGCAUUAACAUUUAUUCAGCACCCCUCUCUUAUUAACCCCUUCUUGACUGCGAGACCCUGGCCUUCCUUACCCUUUUCCCAAGCCUCCUCUCCUCCAUCUAUUCUGGGUUCCCUAUCUUCUAGAGCUUUUUCCGGUACUCAUUCUGCCUUUGAAAAAUAGUUCUAAUUCUGGCUCCAGGUCCCAUGUUGAGUUGAUUUUUAAUCCCAGCCAGACCGGCAGCUCCAUUUUAUCACAGAAGGCACAUUGCAAACUUCCUCAGAGUUUUGCUUCUGCAAGUUAAAUGUUUAGAAACAUUCCAUACUAUUAGUCUUUUCUCAGCCAACCAGUGCCAGAGGCUUUACAGCCAUCAACACAAUACAACGUCUAUUUAAAUUAUUUACAACUUACUUUUCAUUGUUCACGGGACGCAGGUGGCUCUGUGGGUUAAACCACAGAGCCUAGGAUUUUGCCGAUCAGAAGGUGGGCGGUUCGAAUCCCUGCAACGGGGUGAGCUUUCCGUUGCUCGGUCCCUGCUCCUGCCAACCUAGCAGUUCAAAAGCACGUCAAAGUGCAAGUAGAUAAAUAGGUACCACUUCAGCGGGAAGGUAAACGGCGUUUCCGUGCACUGCUCUGGUUCGCCAGAAGCAGCUUAGUCAUGCUGGCCACAUGACCUGGAAGCUGUACGCCGGCUCCCUCAGCCAAUAAAGCGAGAUGAGCGCCGCAACCCCAGAGUUGGUCACGCCUGGACCUAAUGGUCAGGGGUCUCUUUACCUUUACCUUUUCAUUGUUCACACAACCCUAGCGUGAGGAAAAACUUUAAAAUACACUGAAACAACAUUUCCUUUAAAUAGAACUCAAUGUAAAACCAAACAUCAUAAUUUAAUAGUGAUUAUUGGAACUUGUGAAAUAUAUAUAACUUUGCAAAGUCAACCAAAUCUUUGUUCCACUUCCUAUGCCUUUGCAUCAUGCAUCAUGCUCCAUGCCUUACUGUGAGGCUGGAUCUAGACACACUGAGGGAAAAAAAGUGUUUAAGGGAAACACGUUGUAAACCUCAAUGAGGGAAAUAACGUUGGCGAAAGACAGAACUCGACAGCAUCACCUGGUGUCACAGUGUUAUAACGCAUAUAAAAUGCUUUCCCUUUACUAAUGUAGCUGAGUCCUAACAUUCACCUGCCAUUUGACCAGUUAAAGCCUGGGUAAAUUCUUCCAUAAUUUCUCCUGGUAGCAUGUGUACUGUGACCAUUUUCAGAUUCAGUGGUGACUCUUAAAGGAACAAAAGCAAACAUUCAAAAAUUAACUAAGAUCUCAAGAGUGAUUGGUCAACUAGCCUUGCCAUGAGACUUCAUGUAUCUUAAUGGGUUGUAUAUAAUCUGCUGGGACUUCCAUAUUACAAGAAACAUUCAGUUUCCUGUUAAAUGAAGGGUCUGUACACAACACCAGCUUAAAUGCAGCUACAUUGCUCUUUUCUCAAUUCAGAUCAAAGCAGGUUUUUGGAAAACUGAGUAUUUCAUAAGAAACAACAGGAUAUAUACAGGAUAGAUAUGGAUUGUGACUGAUGUUGAGUGUACACCACUUUCCAGUGGGAGUGUGCUGGAUGCAGAGUAAACAGGAAUGUGUGUACACUAUUAUAUAUUUACCCAGGAGCAAGACCCAUUUACCUUAAUGGAGUUUAUUUCUGAACAGACGUAUGUAGGGUAAUGCUGCUAUUCUGUUUGCAAAGGUGUCAGUUUUCUUUAUCACAACUGGAAAUAAAGCCACAUUGGUCACUGUAUUAAAGCUAUUAAACCUGGGAAAAUAUCUCGGUUGCGGUUGGGUCUCAUUUCAGCUUAAGUGUAGAAUCGGCAAUAAAGUGCAAUUGUAAACUAUAAGGCAGAGAUUGUAACUCCCUGUAACUGGCUCUACCGAUCAAUAACUAGGAUCUUUCCAGAUUGUUUCUUUGGUGUACCAUUGCUAACUUAAUUGCACCAUGAACAAUUAACUGUGAAGAUUUGUUUUCUAAAAAAUAAUGUUAGAGACUUACGAAGUCUUAUGUUCAAAUCUACUUUCAAAUCAAUAAAAAGAGUCACAGAAAUUUGCUCUGAAAGGCAACACUGUUUACAGGACAUAAAGUACCGUGACAGUAGUAAAGGGCAGAUAAUAUAUUUGGAUCUUGCAUCAUAACCUGCCAAGGGGGCAGGUCUUUGGUUUGAUAAAGCCGUAAGGGUUAUGGUUCUGCGUUUCUGCAUGAUUAGGCCUUGAUGGCUGGUGGCCUCAUCGUGCCCCUUUCUGACUGGAGUUGUGUGCUUGCACACCCUAACAGGAGGCAGUGAGUUUAAGCAAUGGUUGGGACAAGUAAGGCUCAGGGCUUGCAGGACCUACGACUGUGUUUGGGGAGCAAGCCCUUCAGGAACUAACGAGUGACUGAGGGAAUUAUUCCAGUGCUAGGAGGAAGCUCUUCUCAUUGCUGCCUGUGGUUCUACACUUCACUCCUACUCUUCUAUCACCACCCCAAUGAAGAUGCUUUAUUCUCUUUUGUCUCAGGUAUGGUUAGUAGGCUUGUGGUAAACAAACAGUGCUUCAUGCACUGCCAGGAACAGGUAACAUUAGAAGAAUGUUGUUCGCUUGUGGUCUUUCCAGUGUUGAAAACAUAAUAUGUGUACUAUGGUUUGCUGUUAACACUUGGAAACAGAAACCUGGUCUUUCAGUACAUAGUGUGUGCACACGCAUGCAUCAUUUGUUUGAAUGAAAGGCAUACAUUUCUUUAACAGGGUGGAAACCAUGCCCACACGUAACCAGUGAUGUCAUACUAAAGUUUAUUGUAUUGGACCUGCUAGGUGGGAAAGGAGCCCAUUUCUUUCUCACGGACUACAGACUCUUCAAAAGCAAAAGAGGCUGGGGUCCGAGUCUGCCUAGAAGCUAGAUCAUCAAAGCUGGAAGCCUUUCUCUGUGAUCCAAAACACCUGUGGAAACAGGGUUUGGGGGACUGGCCUGGCUCAGUUGGAUAUAGAAGUGUCUCUUUGUAUGGUUAAAUCCCUGAUGUAUAUCCCUGUGCAUAUUUACCAGUGAGGGGAAAGGGGAGGCACGUGAUGAUGCAUGGGGAUGAGAAAGAAUGGGGACCAGUAAUGGGCUUCUCCUAGCACAUGAUGCUCAGAUGCUAAACAGUGUUUUUAGCAGCAAAUAGAAGUAAAGCCAAAUAUUGUAAGAAGACCAACAAAUUACAUAUCUUCCAACUAGACACACAUAAUUUCCUUAAUCAAAAGAAACUCAGGGUUUCACUGGAUCUGAAUCUGCCCCAUUCUUGCCCGUGGGGAGUAAUGCUGCCUCCUUGCAAUCAUACGCUGUGAAUGCUAAGCAUUCACUUAUACUGUAGCUGACAGACUGGCCAGCGUUGAGUUAUCUGACCCAGACCGUAGCCCAGGGAUCUUCAUGGAGAACUCCAGGUUGAACCCAAACUGUCCAGGUCAUGAUCUAUGGCAAGUGUGGGGAAUGUUGGUCAUUGGCGAUGCUUGAUGGGGCUGAUGAGAGUUACAGUUCUGCAAUAUCUGGAAGGCCAAAGAUUAUCCACCCUUGAUCUACGGGUAUUCAUGAGCAGGUGCGUGGCAAAAGGUCAGAAGUGAGGACUCCCAUAGCUAGCUAACAUCUCUCUUGGGAUUAGUAAUAAUAAUUGCUCAUCAGAGAAAAAGAACUUGACAUUUAUUCUAUUGAGCACUGCAACCUUAAAUCUGGCUUUUGAACAAAGUGCUCUUUGAGCCUAUAAUGAAUUUGGACGUUUUGCUGAAAUGAGACUAUCCACAACUGAAAUGUAACACAGUAGUUCAGCAGCUAGCGUUGCUCCAUCCCUGUGAUAUCUGUGAUAUUUGAGAUAUCUGUGUUUUAACUUGUAUCUGGCCCGUGAAAUACUGAGAAGGAAGUAAAUGAAAGAAUAUUGGGGUAGGUUUAUUCCCCCCUACACCUCUAUUCAUGCAGCACACUAGUGCCAGGAGACAUUAUAAAUCAAUGCGUGGCAUAAUUGCUGUAAUCUGGCAGUUUCAGAUGCAAAUGCAACUACUGUGAUAAGGAAAGUAACAUAAAACAGUUGCUAUAGCGCCAGUGUUUAAUCACCAGGCAUAACACGUCAAACUAAAUUGUCUGCUUAAAGUUCAAUUUAUCUGGUGUAGGCUUCGGGAUCAUUGUGAAACCAAAAAUAAACUUCCUGUAAGUCUUUGGCUUUUGUCAAUGUUCUUUUCUGAAGAGAAUAUUUUUAUGCCACCCUUUCAUCUCACCAAGAGACCUUUUGUUUACCAUCUCACAACAUCCUGAUAGCAUAUCCACCAGCUAAAAGCCACAGGGUUAACACACAACAAGAGAACUGAGGGAAAAGAAAGGUGAGCUAAUAAUAAUUGUAUUCACCAUUUCAUUUAAGCUGAGGUGGCAUAAGUUUCCUUGGCUUGCUUGGCAUUUAAAAGAGGGGUUAAAGCUAAAGGUAAAGGGACCCCUGACCAUUAGGUCCAGUCGUGGCCGACUCUGGGGUUGCAGUGCUCAUCUCGCUUUAUUGGCUGAGGGAGCCAGCGUACAGCUUCUGGGUCAUGUGGCCAGCAUGACUAAGCCACUUCUGGCGAACCAGAGCAGCGCAUGGAAACGCCGUUUACCUUCCUGCUGAAGCGGUACCUAUUUAGCUACUUGCACUUUGACUUGCUUUCGAACUGCUAGGUUGGCAGGAGCAGGGACCGAGCAACGGGAGCUCACCCCGUUGCGGGGAUUUGAACCGCCGACCUUCUGAUCGGCAAGUCCUAGGCUCUGUGGUUUAACCCACAGCGCCACCCGUGUCCCACAAAAGAGGGGUUACUUAGGCUUAUUCCCACUAUGCCUUUAUCUCAGGAGGUGCACAAAGAAUCUAAGCCAGAUGCACCUCUUUAAAUGCCCAUGUGUAGACAUCACCCUUCUUGGGCCAGGGCAGGUCUUUAAGCACACACAUAGCUCUGUGAGCACCUUAAUUAAACACACCAGCUGUGGGAAAUGCUGGUGUAACUGUGCAGAUACAACUUCCAGCCUUCCCCAACCUGUACUGGCUGGAGCUGAUGGGAGUUGUACUCCAAAACCUCUGGAGGGCACCAGGUUGGGGAAGUUGGCAUAGAACCUCUCUUAGCCCUGACAAAAGUUACCUAGGUAACUAUGUGGGUUGUUUUGCCAGGGUGUUGUGUAUAUGUGUGUGUGUUCCUUGCAUUUUAAGGUAAACAGUUCUCUGGGUUGUUGUUUUUUACGACUGUUUACAAGUGACUCUUUUGGUUUCAGAUUACUUGCAAAUUACAACAGUCUAACAGACAAGCACCUGGCAGGCUACUUCAGCAACACCCGGAUUAGACGUCACCUGCGGAGAUCAGGGCUGGUAAGUAUGCAAAUAUUUAUUGUCAGUUUCCCUGCGUUGAGCCCUGGAGUGAGGAGCCCAAGGCCCUUCACUUAUUGUUGAACUACAACUCCCAUCGUCCAUGACCAUUGGCGACGCCACUGGGACUGAUGGGAGUUGAGUUUCUCAUUCCCAAAUUAAGCACAUCUGUUUAUUGAAAUGCAUGUUAUCCAACCCUUCCUUUUAGGAUCUGAGGAUGGCAUGCAUGAUUCUCCCUUACCCUUUAUCUUGGUGACAACCUUGAGAAAUUGGUUUGGCUGAGAGAAAGUGAGUGGCCCACGAUCACCCAGGGAGCCAGCUGAGUGGGAAUUUGAUCCACAUACAGUGGCUAAGUGGUGACACUUUUAGCAUUCGGUUUCAUACCCUAGCCUCUUGCCCUUGCCGCCACCCAAGAAAAAGCAUUUGGGGCAUACAGUGGUACCUUGGUUUAUGAACUUAAUCCGUUCCGGAAGUCAAUUCUUAAACCAAAGCAUUCUUAAACCAAGGCGUGCUUUCCCAUAGCAGCGGGGGACUCAGUUUACAAAUGGAACACACUCUCAACAGGAAGCAAAAAAUUCUUAUUCCAAGGCAAAGUUCACAAAUCAAAACACCUACUUCCGAGUUUGCAGCGCUCCUAAUCCAAGUUGUUCAUAAACUAAGCUGUUAGUUAAUGAAGGUACCACUGUAUUUCAUUUACUACCUAGCCUGGGUGCCGUGGCUUUCCUAAUAAUGUAUGUCAGCGCACCUGUUAUUACUUUGACCACACCUGUCACAAAUCAUUGUGACAGCAUCCAGAGUUGACCAAUUAAUGUGGCAGCAUUACAUGGCAUGCAUUUUGCACAAAGGCUGCACACUUCCUUGGGAGCAUCCAAUUGAAUUUUGUGGGACUUACUUCUGAGUAAACGUUUGUAGGAUUGAGCUGAAUGGACCCUCUCACAGGUGAUGUGGAAGGGGUGUCUUCUAUUCCAGGGUUGUCAUUAUUGGCCAAUUGACCUGUCACUCACAUUUACAGUGACUUGAGUCCACUGUACAGAAGUGGAAAUCAAGCAGCCCAGGUGAGAGUGGACCAGGUGGGCAACCACCAUUUGGAAUAAUUUUGUGCAAGGUUAAUUUUUAUGGAUCAAAAACAAGUUGCUUCUGACUUUGCUGAAGUGCUGGAAAACAGAAGACGUUUCAUUUUGUUUACAUCAGUGGGAUAUUCUAAUUCUGAUCUGUGCCGGACUUCACCUAUUGAUAGAGCAGUAGGUGAGAGGGACACGAAAUAAUGGCUCCCAUGAUGGAAUGUUCCAUUUGUGGUUCCUUAACUUCCUUUUCCUCACUGAACAACCCACAUUGCCUGGAAAUCUCAUCUAUACUAUACAUUGAAAGCCACAUCAUACCAAUUUAAAUGGUUGCGGCUUCCCCCAAAGGAUUCAGGGAACUGUAGUUUGUUAAGGGUGCUGAGGAAACCCCUAUCCACUCAUAGAGCUACAGGGUUCAGAGUUUCCUAGCAAGUGGGGUUCAUUGUUAAAAGACUCAGGGAAAUGUAGAUUUCUGAGGAGAAUAGGGGUAUCCCAAUAACUCUUAGCUUCCUUUACAAACCAUAGUUCCCAGUUUCUUUAGGGAGAGCCAUGUCUGUUUAAUGUGGUAUAUUACUGUUUAAAUAUAUAGUGCAGAUGAGGUCUGACUGUAGGCAAUUGCCUGAUUUGCACCUAAUAUUUUUAAAACACAGAGAAACUCAGUGACAAAUGCUCUCUUUUGUGAGGAGCUGAGGGAUGGGGGGUGUUUGUGUGAAUUAAACCUGAAAAACAAAGAGAUGCAAAAUUGAGGAACUGCUGCUUACAGCAGCUAGUUAUGUAACAUCAACCAUGAAGGGCUAAAAAGAAUAAUGACUGCUACAAAAUCAGGCCUCAUGAAAAUAAAGUAGAAUUGCUGAUAUAAAAUGUGGUGCAUACUGGGAGGGUGGAUGAACUGAAAUUGAAACGGUGUACUUUUAGGCUAUGGUUUUCUUGAUUAAUAGAAGAACUGAAACUUGGUCACCAGUUAAUGAAAGUCUUGCCCCAUUUGCUAGAAGCCCCCACUCUCUUUAAAUAUCUAAUGUUAUAUGUGAGUAAGGCAGUAAUAGGUAAAUCUGGCAUACUGGUGCUUUUAAACUGUCUUGCUCUUGUGACUUAACACUGCAAUUAAUGGAACUGUUCUGUGGGGUCGUUCCCCCCCCCCUUUAGUGUAGUUUUGUUCAAAAUAUUCAUACCUCUUCCUUCUGGUUCUAAAUAUAGGUGACAAUACGAAUCUCUAUUAACAAAAAUCUGAAACUUAAGGUUAAAUGAGAUCAGAAUUGUAGUUACAGAUAUUUAAUGUGAUCAUGCCUUCCGGCAAUGCAACAUUCACAAAAGUUAAAGUUUCCGUAAACAUUUUUGCACCUGCCCACUAAAUACUGCAGACCUCCCCUGCACUCAUUCUUUGCGAACAUUUUCCAGUAUUAACAUAUCCUGUAAAAAUAAUCCCUCUAAUUUUAUUUACUUCCUCCCUUCCUCUUUUCUCAAAGAAAGCCUAACAACGCAAUGGGGAACAUAACUCCAUCUAAGCAUACAUUUAUAUGCAUGUUAACUCGAACCAAGUUCCGCUGAUCUGAACACCAUUUGCCCUUCAGUAGUGUGCAUGGGAUUGCAGCCUAAGCAUGUCUACUCAGAAGUAAGCCCUCCAGUCAUACCUCUUCUUGCCAACGCUUCAUGUUGCGUUUUUUCGGGUUAAGAACGCGGCAAACCCAGAAGUGUUUGCUUCCAGGUUUCACUGCGUGCACACGCGCAGAAGCGUUCUGCACAGUUCAUGCAUGCGCAGAAGCGCUUUAUCACACUUCACACAUGCGCAGAAGCACCACUUUGGUUACAGACUUUCCAGGGUGUGAACGGCACCCCAGAACGGAUCGUGUCCACAACCAGAGGUACCACUGUAUUAAGGUCAGUGGGACUUGCUCUGAGGUAACCAGGUAUAGGACCACAGCCUUAAUAGGAUAUUUUCCAGUGUAACCAUUCAGACUAAACUAUCUGAUGUUUUAUCGUAUUUUUAGUUUGAUGUUUUAUCGUGAUUUUACUACUCUGUUGGGAGCUGUCCAGAGUGGCUAGAGCAACCCAGUCAGAUGGACAGCAUACAAAUAAUAGAAUUAUUAUUGUUAUUUAUUAUUAUUUGGCAUAGAGAUUGCAGAAAGGAAAGUGGAUGUGUAUAUACCAUAUGUUUAAAGCACAUUUAAAACAUGGGAUUCCCCCCAAAGAAUCCUGGGAACAGUAUUUUUUAAGGAUGCUGGAAUUGUAGCUCUGUGAGGGUAAACUACUGCUCCUAGAAUUCUUUGCGGGAAGUCAUGUGCUUUAAAUUAAUGGUGUGUCAUAGUUCAUCCUCCUGGCCAUCAGGGGGCAGUCUACAGCUUCCAGGUGGGAAAGGCAGUGUUCCGAUGAAUUGCUUUUGAGCUGUAGACUUUGUCCGUUCAUGGAAUACAGAUAAAUGAGAACCCAUUGGGUAAUCUUGGUAAUGUGGAAGAGUGGACUCCUUGGUCACAAGGCAUUUGAAUAAAAGCUAUUUAGAGGAGAAUCAUGCCACCUAAUGAGGCACUUAGCAUUUUCAAGUGACAUUUGAAGCUAAAUAAGACCGUUCCGUGCUCAAGACGUCUAACACUGGGAAUGACUGAUGAAGAAGUAUUAAUGGAAACUGGAGCUUUGUUCCAUCUUAAUAAACAUGACUUACUAUCAGUAAUACAGCAGCAACCCAUUUUAAUGCUACUGGAGACCUUUUGGUGACAUAGAUGGAUUAGGUCUGCAUAUACUUGCUAUCUUGGCAUAGGGCUUGGGCUUCUGAGCGUAGUUGCAUCAAGUCAUUCCUACCCACAAAUGGCACCAAAGUGUAAGCCUGCUUUUAAGCCGUUUCUUCCCGUGCUUCUGUUACAUAGCUUUUCAGGCAUUAUUUGUUCUUAAGUCGUUCAAUGAACCUAGUACGUUAGUGCAUGCUUCCAGUGAAUUGGAAGACUGCUCUUAAAGGCUUAAAAAUGAAAGAAGAGUCUUCUAAAGAGGAUGCCGAAAUGGACUUUCAGGCUGGGGUCCUAAAUGUCUCUGUGCUACGUUGGAUACUUUACAAGGUCUCCUACCUCAUUUAACCACAUAGCACAAAUUGGCAUAGCAUGUAAGGAGUGAAGGCACAUCGUUGUGUUCUGUCCUUAGAGCUUGGCUACACAUUACACUCACAACAUGAGAACAAUCACACAAUGUGGGAACAUCCUCUGCUGACCAUUUUGAAGGCUUCCUGAUCAACAGGCAGAGGAAGGUGGGAGGGAUAGGAAUUGCACGAACACAGAGUGGACACGAGAGCUGGUGGCUUAUCCUCUGCUCCAAGGAUGGUCAACAUGAUGCCCUGAGAAUUGUUGGCCUACAACUCCUAUAAUCGCUCACCAUUGCCCGUAUUGACUAGGGCUGAUGGGAACUGUAGUCCAACAACAUCUGGAGAACACCACAUUGGCUACCCCUUCUCCACCCCUUGUUUAUCUGACUUCCUCUCUUCUUAAUGGAAGAUUUUCUCCAGGAGUUAAGAAGGAGUAGGAGAACAGGACAUUAGCCACUAAAGAGAUUGAUAAUAAGUAAAGAACAACAAGAGACAGGGUAGACAACCAGUGGCUCUUCCUUUACUGUGUUGUGAUUUUUUUUAAAAAAAAUCUCCUCUAGUUUCCUCUGCCAAUUUUUUAGCAGGCAGAGUUCUUACCCUAUUCCUGUGUGACUGUGAUAUGUUUUCACUGUUUUUAAUUCUGAAUUUUAUAAUGUAAUCUGCUUGGGACCACCUGCUGGCAAAAGAUGGAAAAUAAAUUAAAUCCUCACCAUCAUCAUCAUAUAAUAGUAAUAAGCUAUUUCAAGGGGUGAGCAUAUCAUUCUGCUAGGUUUUUAGCAAAGCUUUCACUGACAAUGAAAGGAAAUGAGGAAGGCUUGGUUCAUAUUGAUCUCCUUGGGUACAUUGGACCUCAAGACAUACUAGAUUGUGGCUAAUACACACAUAUUUGGCAAAGUUGCCUGAAUCUUGCAUCUUCUACCACCCUCUGUACUUACAUUUUACUUUUUCUUGGCAGAUAUCAAGAAGUGGAAGAAUAAUAUCAGAGAAGGAAUAUCAGCUAAAUGCUAUGAGGAAGGAUCACCAUAAGUAUAUACGGGAAUGUUUGGCCCAGGCCAUAUUCCACAAGGUGCUUGACAUGGAAGUAGGUUUACAUUAAGGCUACUUCUCCUAAAGGCUGUUAAAAAGAAAUAUUCAUAGUGUUAUUCCAGGAGGAUUACUGAGAAAACUUCCUGGUGUGGCAAUAGCAUGCAAAUUUAACCUUUGGUAGGGAACAUGGUAGCUUGAGGAGUCUGCAACACUUUAGGACUUAGCGACCAGCAAAUUCUGAACACCCAUUUCUCAGGACAGUAGAGCGAUUAAGGAACAUUUGAGAGUUAUUAUGGUUCAGUAAUGAUGAAAUGUAUGCAAGAACACAAGGUAUAUCCACCCCUUUACUCAUUCUGACUAUGAACAAGCAGUGAAGAGUCUGUGAAAUUCUGUUAAGAAGCAAUCUGAUUUUUUCUGACACUCUAAACCAUGCCUUCAAGGUUUUGCUAUCAGUACAUAAAGUCCUUAACAGAUUGGGACCAGUUUGAUUGAAGGAUCAUCUCAUCCUACAUGUGCCUAUUUGACUGCUUCAGUUUGUGGAACAUACACUGUUGCGCGUGCCACAUAAUGCUUGUAUUGCGUCUGAAUGGAGUAAACCAUUUAGAGUCACAACCUUUGAACUCCCUGCCUACUGACAUUAGGCAGGCAUCCUUGCUAUGUUGUUUUAGAUUCCUGCUGAAAACUUGCUUUGUUUGAACAAGCCGACCUAGGUACAUAAUUUAGUCUUUGUCUUUAAAUGUUGCUAAUAUUAUCUGGGUAUUAUAAUUCAUAUUGUUUUAUUUUUAUACAAAACACAAGUCUAAUAGCAACAAGAAUACUACCUCCAAUGAUAACCACAUCCCAGUGCAGAGUCAAGCUUUUACCUGGGUAUUUACUGGCAAAUUGUUUUUAUGUGUGCCCCGUAGAUUUGCUUGUUUGCUUUUGUUUAGUUGGUUUGUACAUUUUUUUUCUGAAUUAAAUGCACAUGCUUGCAAGCAAGCUAAGCAGUGUGUUAGCGACUGUGAGGAUAGAAUCAGAGGACUAGAUCUAUUUAUCUGGAGUAAAUUCCAAUAAAAUGCCUGCACGAGCAGGUAAAUUUUUCCUCCACUAAUUUGCAAGUGGCCUGAGAAAUAUUAAAUCAUAGCAAAAACACAUUCUCCAAUAAUUUCAUAUUGGCAGGGAAGAGGAAGUUAAGGGAGGAAGGAAAGACACACGAAUAGCCUGCAAUUGGUCAGAACCAAUAAAGUGGCGUGAGCAUCUCAGAAUGCAAGAGUUCCCUACAGCCACUGGGUUCCACGCAGUCAUCUCCUGAGGGCAAGGCAGCAGGAGGUCAUGUUCCACCUGUGUACUCAAGAACCUAUUACAGCCCAUCAGAUACAUGCUCACAUCUACCAAUACGAACACCCAAGGUCAAGGACAGCCAGCAAUAACAAAGAGGGGCAUGGAUGUAAGGAGCGAGCCAGGGCAGGGAGGAGCAGGCGCUAUCUCAUUCACACAGAAGGUGGAAAUGUGGCUGCAGGUAGGCCCCAUUCUGCCUUGGUUCCACUCAUGGAUUGUUCCUGCCUUCUGUUUUCCCUUUGUGAUGCUGAUGCCCUUCCAUGAUUGAUCCUGUGCAAUGUUAAGGUGCACGAAUCACUAUGUAUCUAUAUAUCUAUGAUGCAGGAGCCCAACCCAUAAUGCAGGUUAUUCUACCUGGACUUCAGGUCUUUUGAGCCCUCCUAAGAUGCCAGCUUUCAUGCUAUGCUUCCUUUUGGCACGGCUACUUUCUCUUGUGUAGAGCGUAAAGCAGCAGUUGAGACCAACUGCCUUGGAAUCAUGGAAUUCUAAGGGAGGUCCCGCCGUCACAUACAAACAUGGAGAUAAUUUAGCAGUCACCUAUCGCCUUCCCUCCCCCCCCGGUCAGCCAAAUAACACCAGCAGAAACACCUUGCUCACCCAAGGACCUUUGAAGGGACCUUAUGGAUCAUCCAACACAAUGGUUUUGAACAGUUUGCCGGUGGAAUUCACAAAGAGAGUUUUGCUGUGGACUUGCAUUACCUUCUCUCCAACUCCCCUGCUUGUCAAGACUGGAAUCCCCAUCAGUGGAAGUGGGAUAAGAAAGGAAUCGUUUUACUUGGUUUGGAGUACAUUAGAAAUUUCGCUGUUCCCUUCUCCAUGUUCCCUUUUCUGUGAGAGACCAAGCGUAGGAAAAGGCUCUGUGUGGCCAGGGAUAGUUACGGGCAAGGCCUAGGACUGGAAGGGAAAUAUCAGUGGUCUCUAAACAAGGGGUGUGAAAUGCAAAGGGUGGAACAGAGGUCUGAUGAGAGUUGUAGUUUAACAACACCGGGGGUGGGGACUACAUUAGCUGCCCCAUUAUGUGUAACAAGACCCCAAAGGACAGAAAAGUGCCAUGGGCCUGGCCUGAGGAGUGGGAAGAGAAGCUCAGCAAAGAGAGAAGUGACAGUAGCAGAGGCAUGAUGUUCCUUGCGGUUUUUGUAAGAUUUACCUAGGUGUAGCCCUGUUGGCCACAAUAGGGCUUAACUUCUGAAUAGUCAUGCUCAGUGGUUGUUACUUAAAAUCAUGUCAAAAAUGGCUUCUAAAGAGCACAGGGUCUUUGAUUCAGAUCAGAACAUCUACAGAAUUGUAGGGGUGUGUGUGUGUUAAUAAUUUGUUCCCAGUUUGGUUGGUCCUCCUAUGCCUGUUUUUAGAAUUGGGGGUUGGGAGAUUCUAUUGGCUCAAAUAAGAGUUCUAAUUCCAAUGCCUAGGGCAGGUGCAGAGCCCCUGAUCUGCGUGAAGACUGAAGUGAUGCAGACACUUCAAGUCCCCUCCCCCUCCCAACAGGGUCCCGGUGCAAAUCAGGGUCUCACACUUAUAAUUCCAUGCAUGGCAGUAUGUUUAGGGCAAAAUAAAAUGGUCACUCCUCUUCUCCUAUGCCAACCAUUGCCACCUCUGAAAACAUUUAUAUGAAGGUGGCCCCAAACAGUGCAGCUGAUAGGAAAGGUGGUAGUUUUAGCCCAGCAAUAUCUGAAGUGUCACAUGACAUGUGGUUUAAAACUACAUUAAAAUUGGGAAAGUACUUAUUUAUUGUAGAUGUCGAGCAGAGCGCUGAUUAUGUCACAGUGAGGCUGAAUGCGUAUGAUCAAACCAGAAUGUUGAAAUGACAUACUGGUUGCUCUGUGGAGCUUGCAACAUGCACCUGGUAAUGUGCUUUAUGCAAGUCACACACAGGAACCCCAUUCCUGCACACACAUACAUUCCCCCCAUGUUUUGUGAAUAUGGGUGGAAAACACGUCACAGAGCAGUGGUGAAGAUUAGCCUCAAACUUUAUUUCUUCCAGUGCAUGUGAAUAAGAUAUUUCCCUUUUCUUUUCUUUUUUUAAAAACACCUAACUAGCGUCAUCACCAGGGUGAGAUAAAAAGAAAAUUUGAAACUUCUGCCAGAAAAGACCGUAUUCAGAGAGUUAAGGUAAAUAUUUUUCACUUCCAUCUUACAGGAAACCUCAAAAACUUGUUUUGUGAAUGUUGUGCAUCUCUUUGUCUGUGCUAGGAAUAGGAUCACUGGUGUGAGAGAUAAGAAUUCUGUGAAGAAACUUUGUCAGAUUCUGUAAGCAGUUACUUCUAUGUAUAUAGCCAUGGCAUUGUUAUUUAUUUCAUCUCUCUAAUUCUCUCUCUCUGUUCUUAAUGCAUAAUUGGCUGUGUUCUCUCACAGCUUAUUAGACAUGAUUUGCUUUUGACUAGCAACAACCACAUUUGUACGAAAAUAAAAACCCAUUUACUAAUACCUCAAGACUCAUUUGCUAGUCUUGGCUCUCUUAUGAGGUCUCAGAAUACUGGUUUAGUAAUUGAGAAACUGCUUUUCACAGAUUUCUCCACACAGCAGGGCAAACAGGGAGCAUCUUCCGUUUCUUAACUAUACCACUUUCUCAGGCAUCUAAAUUUUCUAGGUGGAACGAUCAAGAAGGGCAGCGGAAGAUGGACCUCGCCUGCUUUCCCCACACCCACCCACUGGGCCAAGAAAUCGCUUGGGGCGCCGCAGAUUUGGCAACAGGGGGCAGUUAGGUCAACUGGUGAGUUGAAGAGGGCCCAUAGGCCAUGUUUUGUUUGUUACAACCCUGUCCUACAUUUAACUUUCAGCUAUGCCAUCACAGGCCACAGCCUUGAUCCAACUGGAAUCAAAGUAUUAAGACUCCUGAAUUUGCGACAUUGGGAUUUAUUUAUUUUUACCAGUAACAUUUUUUUCUUUGCUUUUGUCUAAAAAACAACACUUAACUCUAGGCCUGAUGACCUACUUCAACCCCCCAAUUCUCUUUAUCUAACCGUUGGGACUCUUCCCAUACCACAUUGCCUCCCCAUCAACAAACACCCUCUCUUCACAGACCAUGCCCCUCACUGGCCCGCUUUGCUUCCUCCCUGAGUAUUUUUGGCUGGUUGAAAUGUGUCCUUAAAUACUGUUACAGUGGUACCUCAGUUUAAGAACAGCCCUGUUUAAGAACUCUGUUUAAGAACAGCCCAGUUUACGAACUCUGCAAAACCGGAAGUAGUGUCCGGUUUGCGAACCUACAUCCACACCUUCAUUUUAUUUUAUUUUAAUGCAAGAUUUACACAAAACAGCAGUUUUUAAAAGUGUGUCCCUCAGAGACCAGCAAGAAUAUGGAGUCAAUUGCAAGAAAGGUUUCCACUGCCUUUCUUCCCUUUUUCUUUUCUUGCCUCCUAUGUCUGCAAGGGCAAAUGUUUUUUUCCAUAUAAAAUACAGUUGUUUUGUGCAAGAGCAGUUCUGCACAAAAUAGCUACUUAAAAAAUAAAAAUACUGCACACCUACCUUGAGCAACAACCACUGGAAAAGGGCAGGCUGCAUCCUUUCCUUUGGGCUCAUGGAAACUGCAUGGAAGUAGGGGGUGGGGGUGCAUAAACUACAUCCAGAAAAUGUCACCACAAAUGUAAAAAAAGAAGAAGAAGAAGCUCACCCACACAACACACUUCAGUGUGUCCACAGUCUGUUAACAUGCAUUUUUAUUUUGGAUUUUCUUUCCUUGCUGGAUUAUCUGUGGUUUGGGGAAAUCAAACUUUAACACACGGAAAGUACAGCCAACCAACUUGGAUGAGGAGGAUGUUGUGCAGAUGCUGCAAAUAUAAAACAAUAGGGAGUCAAGCAUCUUCAGAUACUCAUUAAACUCCAGAGCGGAUGACUCUUCAAUCUCUUAUAAAAACAUCGUUCUUUAUUUUGUCUACAUGACUUCCCAAUAGAAUAUAUGUCUGAAUACCAUAAUUAUUACUGACAGAACAGUGAGCAAAGCAUCUGGUCUGAUCCCGUGACCAUUUAUGCAGUAUGGGAUAUGAUAGUAGUAGCUGUGUUGGACCUCAGCCUAUGUACUUUGAAACAAAAGCACCAGGUCACAUAGAGUGAGCGGCUCCUAAGCGUCUCCCACUUUCCCAUUUAUUUAAUUUGCCCAGGCUACCUAUCCUCGACCAAGCACCGCGCCAGGGAGCAUACAGCAACCAGUCCGACUGCAGCCACUUCUCAGCUGUGCCACAGAUGAACCUGCACCAAAGGCUGCUUCUAGACCAAAGCAUCUCGUCUAUGAGAAAGAACAUCAAUAUGCCAGCGGGGUCAGACUUUGCUCUUUUAUACAAGUGCUGCUGUAGAAAGAAUGAUUAUAAACUCACUCACUGUAUUCAUACUUAACUCAUGGCCCAGCACAAGGUUAGCUAACACAGUGCCCUCCAGAGAUUAUUGGAUUCCAGCUCCCACCUGCCCCAGAUAUCAUAGCUAAGGAUGAUGGGAGCUGUAGUCCAACAGCAAGUUCUUUGAGGCUUAAGAUGUUAACUCUUAUGUUGGCUAAUGUUCUAGGAGAAAUUUCUGUUUCUUUUACUCUUUGGAAAUCGAAGUGAAAUUAUUAUACUGUGCCGGUACAUGCAGUUUUAAAGCUCCCUUUCUCCCCUUUUCAAUUGAGCUGAUAGAGGCAAAUAAUUAGGGAUGUGGGGUGAGAAUUUGAAGCACAGGUUGCAAGCAGAAUCAAGGCAGACCUGGCUGAGCAGGUGUGCUUCUUUGAUUCUACCUGUACCCCAAACUCUCUCUAGCUGCUUCCCUGUUCUUCUCUUCCCUAACACAAAAAAACUCAACUGCUAGGACAGGCUUCCUCAAACUCGGCCCUCCAGAUGUUUUGAGACUACAAUUCCCAUCAUCCCUGACCACUGGUCCUGCUAGCUAGGGAUCAUGGGAGUUGUAGGCCAAAAACGUCUGGAGGGCCGAGUUUGAGGAAGCCUGUGCUAGGAUGUCAGUUAUCCAGUUCCAUGUGCCAGGAAGUGGGUAACUCAAAUUCUGCCCCCCCCCCAAAAAACAGUUGGUUUUGUAACUUCUCUUAGUACCAACUUAAGCAAAAUUAUAUUGUUCUUUUCUGAUAUCUAUCAUUCCAUUUUUUUGUGUUAUUUUGCAUCAUUCAUUCUGCAUUUGCUGUUCAUUGGGAGGGGCAUGGACCUUUGAGAUAGUUGGGUCUCCAGCUGUUUUUGCACUAAAAUCCCUGACCACUGGUUCCCUGCUAGCUAGGGAUGAUGGGAGUUGUAGUCCAAAAACAGCUGGAGAUCAAAGUUUAGGAAACCCUGGGUUAGACCAAAGGUCCAUAUAGGUCAGCAUCAUUCUAUCACCGACAGUGAACAGCCAGAUUCUUCCCGGAAACACAGCCGUUGGUACUGUCACUACCUCUGAACAUGGAGGUUUAAUGUAGCUGUCAUGGCUAACAGCUAUCGAUCCACAAGUGUGUCUGAUCCUCUUUUUUAAAAACAUCUAAGCCAGUAGCCCUCGCCACAUCUUUUGGCAGUGAACUCUAUUCAUCACUUACACGUUGUGCGGAGAAGUACUUUCUGAAUCUACUGCCAAUCACUUUCAUUGAUUGUGUACUUUCUUUGUAAUUGCCUCAGUUAGUAAGCUGCCAUGAUCUGGCAUGUGAUUAUUCAGAUUCAUGACUGGAAUGCAGAUACAUGGCCAACUGGAUGCUCUCCAGCACACCCACAGUCACUGGGGAUGUUCUGGCAAGUGCAAACCUCACACAUGAGGCACCAAAUGUUCUCGGUGCAUGUGCCCCUUGUUCCCUGGAGGAAACCCUGUCAACUGUGAAUGGGAGAGAUGUGGUGUACCUUGGCAUGUGCCCACUCCAUGUUUACAAGCACAGGUUUGCCCUUCUCACAGUUCUUUCCUUUCACACAGAGUUCACUGUGGCAAACCCUGAGGUACAGUACAUGCACAUGAAAACCUCCCAUAAAUAUUAUCUCAUAAAAGCAGAGGACAAAGGGAAAUCCAAACCCUAGGGGAGCAGUAAAAGGGGUGGGAUGUAUUGAGAAUCUGUAUCGCAGACCAGAAAUGAACAAGUGGGUCUGUAUUCACCCCCUUAAAAAAAGAAAUUUAUUUUUGAUUUUUAAAAUCCAUUGAAUCUAAAGUACUGAGAAAUUCUAAGCAAAAAAAGUUUAUCAAAUACUUAAUGCAUAAUUUUAAGUUAGGCAUAGGUGCUAACUGCUGUUAAAUAUUUCAGGGAGAGAAAGGGGUGCUAAAAUCUCUGGAUUAUUCAGCUGGAAUAUCCCCAUACCGACUUCCUAUCGUGAACAAUUUUAUGGUACCUAUUCCACCACCUCCCAAAAGUGAGAAGAAAAGUGGGGCACUGAGAGGCCGCCGUUUUCGCCCAACAACCGCACCCAAUGGCUUGGAGCAAAUGAUGAAGGUAAUAUGAUUUUGCCAUAAUUUUUGGCUUUCAUGUUUCCUCGAUAUCACAUUUCCUCCUAAAACCUUUGAGGAUGUAGACUGAUACACCUGCAAAUUGAAACUCUGUCUGUUUGCAGAAUGUAACUGAUCUGCUUUCUGUAGUGGCUCCUCACCUUUGGAUUGCACUAAGAUAAAAAUGGAUCUCUGUUUGUGAAUGGAAGAUGAAGAUAGAAGGUUGAUAGAACAAACACACACACACUCACAUAUAUUGUGUAUGUUUCUGUUUCUUUUAGUUUGUUUUCCCCUCUUUUCAUUAUUUUGCACUUUUUAGGUAUUAUCUUUGUCUGGUUUUUAUAGUAUUAUAUGUUGAAAACCUUCAAUAAAAUUGAUUGUUUUUUAAAGUGACAUCUUGGAUCAGGCCAAAGUCCCAUCUGGUUCAGUGUUUUCUUUCCUGUCCGAUACCUAUGGGAUGCCCACAAGGAGGGCAUGAAGGCAAUAGGCCCUAAACGGCCUUGGCCCAGUAUACCUGAAGGAGCGUCUCCACCUCCAUCGUUCAGCCCGGAGACUGAGGUCCAGCGCCGAGGGCCUUCUGGCGGUUCCCUCGCUGCGAGGAGCCAAGUUACAGGGAACCAGACAGAAGGCCUUCUUGGUAGUGGCGCCCACCCUGUGGAACGCCCUCCCAUCAGAUGUCAAAGAGAAAAAUAACUACCAAACUUUUAGAAGACAUCAAAAGGCAGCCCUGUUUAGGGAAGCUUUUAAUGUUUAAUAGGUUAUUGUAUUUUAGUGUUUUGCUGGAAGCCUCCCAGAGUGGCUGGGGAAACCCAGCCAGCUGGGCGGGGUAUAAAUAAUAAUUUAUUAUUAUUAUUAUUAUUAUUAUAGCACUCUCCUGUAGUUCUGCAAACACGCUGCCUCUGAUCCUAGAAGUCCUAUAUGGCCUUUGUGACUAGUAGCCCCUGAUAGACUUAUCCUCUAUGAAUUUGUCUAAUAAAGCUACCUAAAGUGUGGCAGUGAAUUCCAUUGGUCACAUCAUUUACCUUCACUGGAUUAUUAUGAAAGAGGAGGGAACAUUUUUCUGUAUCCACUUUCUGCAUACUUCUGUCAUAUUACCCCUUGCCUGCGUUUCCCCUAAAGGAAAAAGCCCCCCACACUAAUAUUUUCCGUAGGUGGGUUGCUUCAGACUCCUCAGAAUUCCAGUUGUUCUUUACUGCACUUCUGAUGCAGUUUCUUUACAGUGCUUCAGUAUUCUUCUUGCUGUGUGGUGACCAGAGCAGUACACUGUAUUCCAAGUGUGGUUUCACCAUAGAUUUCUCCAAUGCCAUUGCGAUAUUGCCAGUUUUAUUUCUGAGCUCUUUCAUAAUGAUCCUAUUAUUUUAUGCUGGAAGUGAGAUGUUGUUGUUGUUGUUGUUGUUACCCCACCCAUCUGGCUGGGUUGCCCCAGCCACACUGGGCGGCUUCCAACAUCAGACAUUAAAAACUUCCCAAUGCAGGGCUGCCUUCAGAUGUCUUUUAAAAGUUGCAUAGUUCUUUAUCUCCUUGACAUCUGAUGGGAGGGCGUUCCACAGGGAGGGCACCACUGCUGAGAAAAAGCCCUCUGCCUGGUUCCCUGUAACGUUGCUUAUCGUAGCGAGGGAACUGCCAGAAGGCCCUCGGAGCUGGACUUCAGUGUCCAGGCUGAACAAUGGGGGUGGAGACGCUCCUUCAGGUAUACGGGGCUGAGGCUGUUUUAGAGCUUUAAAGCUCAACACCAACACUUGGAAAUGGACCGGGAGCCAGUGUAGAGCCUUUACGACCAGUGUUGUAUGGUCCUUGGCAGCUGCUCCUGGUACCCAAUCUAGCUGCCACAUUCUGGAUUAGUUGUAGUUCCCAUGUCACCUUCAAAGGUAGCCCCACAUAGAGUGCAUUGCAAUAGUUCAAACAGGAGAUAACCAGAGCAUGUACCACUCUGGCGACAGUGCACGGGCAGGUAGGGUCUCAGCCAGCAUACCAGUUGCCCUGGACACAGAAUUCCAGCAUAGAAUUCACCUUUUCCAUUACUGCCGCAUGAGAUGUUCUCUACCUCUGACGUACCACAUCUCUCCAUCGUGUGAUGCUCUGUGCAGCCCCAAACAGCUUAAAGGUAAAGGUACCCCUGACCGUUAGGUCCAGUCGUGGACGACUCUGGGGUUGCACGCUUAUCUCGCUCUAUAGGCCGAGGGAGCCAGUGUUUGUCCGCAGACAGCUUCCGGGUCAUGUGGCCAGCAUGACUAAGCCACUUCUGGUGAACCAGAGCAGCACACGGAAACACUGUUUACCUUCCCGCUGGAGCGGUACCUAUUUAGCUACUUGCACUUGACGUGCUUUCGAACGGUUAGGUUGGCAGGAGCAGGGACCGAACAAAAGGAGCUCACCCUGUCGUGGGGUUUUGAACUGCUGACCUUCUGAUUGGCAAGCCCUAGGCUCUGUGGUUUAGACCUCAGUGCCACCCACAUCAGCUUAGGUUAGUCCAUUAGACUCUUUCCAUGUGGUGCAUUUCGAAUAUGUGUCAAGACAGUGGGAAGGCCGUAAGUGAUUGCUUUGGAUUCUAGCAGAGGGAUUGUGCAUGCCAAGUUGCCAGUUGCUCACUGCCUUGCCACAUGCUCAGAGUGUGAUUGCUGAACACUGACAGCAGAAAAUAUCAGCCAUGGAAAACUGCAGGUAUCUCAGUGGACUUUUGUGCUCUUUGAUGUAGGAGACAGUGAAGUUCUACAGGCCUCAAAUACAGAGCAAUGCGUAUGUUACCAUGAUCUAUUUGGGGAAAACAGUGCACCUGUCCUAUGACCUUUUAGACAACCGAGAGGAAAUCAAAAUAUAUCAACAGCACUGUGGAGGUGAAAACCUGUGUGUGUUCAGAGCCAAAGUACUGGAGGGAGGUAAGCAUGAGAAAGCCCAAGAGUUCAUUUCAGUUCUGGAAAACUCUUUAUUUUAUGUGGAUAAACUGUGGAAGUGGAAGCGAAAUUAUUUCCACGAAGCUGUGUGUCGUUAUGCGUGUCCAGGGACGUAUAUACCAGCUGCCUCAAACUAAGUCUAGAUUUACUGUUUCAUGAUUGAAAACGAGGCUGCAAUUACUUUUGCAAAUUAUGGAAGAAGGGGAUGUACAGCGGUGAUUUAGCAAAAUACAGCGGGUUAGAUUAAUUUUUGGAUGGAGAUGUAUGGUUAAUAAAAUGCUUGCAGGGGUAAAAUGAAUACCAAAUUAUCUGCUUACAAGAAGCUAUAAUAUAUCAGGGUGAGCUGUUUAUGACUCCAGGAGGGAAAUGAAUACAUGCUUGAGCUUUGAUUCUGAACGUGAAUCAAUGGUGACGAUGUUGAUCUGAGGGAAGGCUUGCACAUUGGGUAGAAUUAAUCUCAUGGCACGAUAGAGGGCGAUUGCUGUGGAAGGAUGUAGUCUCUAUUUUACUUAUUUAUUUGAAUUAAAUAAUAAAUUAAGUAAAUAUAAUUUACAUUAUUUAAUUUGCAGUAGUGCUAGGCAAUGAAUACAAUGUAGAAAUAAAUAUAGCCCAUUCCCAGAGGUCUUGGAUGGGACAUACCACAGGUGGCGAACCCUUUUCAGCAUGCGAGCCAGUGUGGUGUAGUGGUUAGAGUGGCAGACUAGGACCUGGGAGACCAAGGUUCAAAUCCCCACUCAGUCAUGAAGCUUGCUGGGUGACCUUGGGUCACUCACUUCCUCUCUUGCCUCUCUCUUACCUUGCAGGGUUGUUGUGAAGAUAAAAUAGGGAAGAGGAGAACUACAUAGGCCACCUUGAGCUCUGUGGGUGGGCAAGAUACAAAUAAAAGGAAUGAAUGAAUGAAUUCCCUUCUGGGCAACCUUCGGAAGGUCAAAUAUAAGUAGUGGGUGGGGCCAGAGAUAAAGUCAUGUGGGGCAAUGAGUGUGAAUGCUACCUUUGUACAUAGAACCAUAGAAUUGUAGAGUUGGAAGGGUCCUGGGGGUCAUCUAGUCCAACCCCUUGCAAUGCAGGGAUCUCAGCUAAAGCAUCAAUGACAAAUGGCCACCCCACCUCUGCUUAAAUACUAGUACAGUAGGCUAGUAUCUGCACGCAUUCUGUAGCUUCCAUCAAGACAAAAAAGAGCCAGGAAAAAAACCACCACAGGUGUGAAGCAUGACCAGUGGGGCCUGUGACCUAAGGAGAGCAUGCAUGACUGAAGGCAUUUUUUUUUAAAAAAAGGAAAACAAAAAGCCCUAAAGGGUAAAGGGGAAUCCCUCAAAAACGGCUUCAUGAAGACUGAGCAUGAGAACAUAGCUAUAGAGUGCUUCUGGCAGUGGGUGAUCGGGAGGAUGGAAAAUGGGUAACAAGAAUGGAAUGGAGAGGCUGGAAUCCUGAACAGCAGAAUGUUGCACUGCAACAUUUUGUUGCAGCCCCAACCCAUGGCAGUGUUGCAAGCAAGUUCCUUCUAGUUUUUUGGAGUUGCAACUACUUUCAUUCUCACAACAGAACAAAUGAGGCAAGUUACUUGUUUAGUAUUAAUUUAUCUGACAAGAAGAUAGUUGCCUCUGGUGAAUCCAAGAUUCUCUCCACUGGGCAACAUUAGAUGCCUUACGUUUAUAGUUUGAUUAGAGCUUUGGCUUCCUCUUCCUAAACUUAGUUAUUUCUUUUGCUAAAUUUCUCUCCUGCCACUUUUAGUACGCAGUGCUCCCAGGAUGAUGUAUAAUAGAAUUCAUGCACAUACACAUCACAAUGCAUCACUAAAAUAACAAAAUGAACAAGAGAUGAAACAUUAUAAUGAGAAUCAGGAAAGAAAAUAAACAUCUUUUACAUAGUGAGGGAAGGAAACAAAAGUAUUUCCUUGGCAUCGAAACGAUAACAACAUAAGCCCAGGUGAAUCUCCUCAAGGAGAGGUUUCCAAAACAUUUUGCCAUAAACUAAGAAUCUCUCACCAGUCACCACCCACUUGACGUCAGCAGGUGGUCUCACCCGAGGGAGCGUUUCAGAUCAGAGUGAUAACUCAAUAUACAGCAAACACAGCCUCAACAGGUACCUGAGCCCCAGGCUCUAUAGGCUUACUCUCACAAAUGUUUUAUAAUAAUUUUUACAGCAGUAUUUCUCAAGCCUGGGUAACUAGCUGUUUUUGGGCUACUAUUCCCAUGAUCCCUGACCACUCGUCUUGCUAGCUAGGGAUGAUGGUAGUCCAACAACUUCUGGGGACCCAAGGUUGAGAAAGGCUGUCUCAUAGUAAUGGUGGACCAGUGGCUGACAAUAGGUUGCCAGGGAGUCCAGCAGCCUCUGGAGGGUCACAGGUUUCACUUCUCUGAACUGCUAUUUGCUCUGCAGGCCUUUUGUGGCAGAACAUCUUGGUCAAUACAGUAGAUGAUUGGGCUUCUUACUUGUCACGUUUUAAAUCCAGCUGAAGCAAGCAGAAAAAGCCAGAUGAGGCAUUCUUGGACAGUGCCAUUUCUAUCUACAGGGUUAGGGUUGAAUGUAGAAAUACUCUGAUGCCAAAAAGCUCACCUGAGAAAGUUUGAGCCCAGCUUUCUCUCAGGCACACCUUUACACACACACACACACACACACACAUUCCCCUUGAUGCAGGAAAUCUUUCAUAUGUGCCACCUCCUCCCAGCGAUAAGGUGCCACAUGCUUUCCCUGUACACUUGAAUCGGCUCUUAACUCACCUUAAAUGCUGUGGAAAAGGCUCAAAACAGUCUUGUGUUGUUGCUGCUGUUUUCAAUUGCAGAAACUUUUCAGUUUGUCUCCAAGCGGCAUUACGGCUUCCCCUUCAGUCUCACUUUUUACCUCAAUGGAAUGCAAGUGGACCGCUUAAGUACCUGCUGUGAAUAUAAACAUCGGAAGGGGACUCGGCUGGGAGGCAAACAUGGAUACUUUGGUCUUGUCAACGUGGAACGAUCAGCUCCUUGCUACAGGUAUGGACAAUGGGUUGGUUGUCUGUUGGGACCUGGAGACUGUAGCAGAUAAAAUGGGCAUGAAGGAAACUCGGCUCUGGAAUUUGCUGCCAGGCUCUUCUUUUAGGGCCCUGCACCUGUUCAGCUAUAGGUUCACGAACUGGCUGCCAUCUUGGAUCCUGCUGAUUCCAAGCUCCAAAAGAGAAGCCUCAUGCAGCCCCAAAACCCCACCAUUAGCACCAUUUUAAUACUUGCAGUUAAAUUGUGGCAGAAGCUUUCAUGAUCCUGAGAACACAUCAUCCAAUGUACGUGAUGGCAUGGUGCAUCUGACAAAGUUGGCGCUGACCCAAGGAAGCUUCUGCCACAAUAUGCUGGUUAGUAUUUAUGGGUUAUGCCACUCUCGGUUGGUUUUGCUGAAACAGGCAGCCCUGGAUAGUCAACUAUAGCCAUAAAAUUAGAUCAGCUAUUCUACUGUUUCUUGAACUCGAGUAUGUGGCAGCGUGCGACAUCAAAUGCAUAACAGAGACUGAGGAGGCACAGGAGGUGCAUAUGCACGUAUGAGUUGAAGGAGAGUAGAGAAUAAACCUUUUAAACAAGGAUGCACUUUCAGAUUCUGGGAAUUCAAAAAACAAAACAAAAAACCUUAAGAACGAGACACCAAUAAACCAUUGACGCGAGUAUGAAGGCACUGCAUGGCUUCAUUUGAUUGCUUGAUUUGUUUGAAACUGUUUCACCGGUUGACACCACUUUUGCAUGGCUUUCCUCUCAUUUUGUGGCUUUGCUUGGUUGGGGUUGAUUUGUGGGGCGCUUUCAAGGUAACAGUCCUGCUUUGUAGCAGUAGACUGAACAAGAGAGUCUUCUAAUUCUGUUCAACUCUGCAUCCCAGUAAUGUAUUCAUUAAGUGCUUUCAGGUAUUGCUGUAUCUUUUCCUAAAUAUUCAAGGUCUGUUUAGGAAAUAACGAUGCUAAGAUGGUUAAGAUAAAAAUAAUGCUCAAAAAUUACAUUAUAGAUCACAGCCAUCUUUUAAAGGAUGGAGUCUUCAAUGUACUUCCUGGUUUAUUCUGAUGUUGCAAUUAAAUUAAUAUGGGCACACCAGGACUCUCAUUUUUGUCUUUCGCUGAAAUCAGUGGCAACGCAGCAAUUUCUCCUUGGAAGCAUUCCUUUCUACAACAUUUCUUUUGAUUUGCAAAGUAGUACCAGGCAAGAGAAUGCAUUCAAAUUUUCUAGUCUCAUCUUUCCCUGUUAUAGGAUAUUUUAUAAAUAACAACGAAAAGCAGAAGAAAAAGAAAGAAAUGGGAACCCCCAUAGAGCCAAAUUACUUUUCAGAUAAGCAUAUUCCACUAUCCAGAAACACUUUCCCUCUCUUCAGAGUAAGAUUUGCAUAAUGUAUGUAAAUGUUAUGCUAUCACUGGUGUGAUAAGGCUGUUCGGAGGAGUGGAAAGCAUGCAAAUUAGAGGUGGUUGUAUUUUUCAGUAAACGUCCAAACUAGCUACAUGCGUGUGUUUCUGUGCCAAUUUGCUCCAAAAAACUUGGGAAAAUAGCAAAAUGCUUCAAACAAUAUCUUUUAUAAGGGAAGAAUGUUUACUUCUGACAUAUCAACAUGUAAGUCUUAAGUAUGCAAUCCUAGUAUAGACACAUACCUGGGAAUAAGCCCCAUUGAAUUCAGUGGGGCUUUCUUCUUAGUAGAUAUGCAUAGGAUUGCACUUCUAACCAUUUUAAUUAUUAUGGCUAUGAACCUCAUUUGCUAUUUUGUUGCCCAUGCACCCAGUUUGAAAAUACCGUUUUAGAGCUUUUAGCAGUCUGCUUAGGUUUCUAUCGUCUAUAAUAUCUUCUACAACCUUGAUGACUUCACUGCUUACCUCAGAUUCCAGAUCACUUAUGAAGAGAGUAAACAGCACCAGUCCUUCCCUCCCCCAAUUGCACUGUGAUAUAUGUCCAUUUCUUCCUCCCUCCCCAAUUCUUUUGACGAUGUGUUCCUAAGUCAUAAGCCAUAAUAGGGUUUGUCUUCCUGUCUUGUGAUUGCUAAGUCCCCACAGGGGCUCCUGAUAGAGCAAAAGAAAAUAUAUAUAUAUGGAGAGGAUAGUGCAGGAGAACAAAUCACACCUAAACAAUCAUAGUUUGUAGGAAUACAGACUCUCUACAAGUCUUUGAAAACAUAAUUUUGAACCAUAUAUACUCAAGUAUAAGCCGACCUGAAUAUAAGCUGAGGCACUGAAUUUUACCACAAAAAAAUGGGGAAACGUACUGCGUAUAAGCCGGUUCACCACACCAGAGGCUGGUGGUGGCGGCGGUGGAGGAAGAACAAGCAGCCCCAAAGGGGCUUGUUCUUCCUCUGCUGCCGCCACCAACAGCGGCAAAGGUGGAGGAGCAGGAAGUAGCAGCCCGAAAGGACCCUGACUCGAGUAUAAGCCGAGGGGGGCUUUUUCAGCAUUAAAAAUGUGCUGAAAAAGUCGGCUUAUACUCGAGUAUAUACGGUAAGUGGUGCACCGUGGAAUAAACCAGACAAAUAAUUCUUUUUAUAGAAAUCUUUACAAAGUAUGAUUCGCUGUGGGAUAAAAACAUGUGUUUGCAUCCUUUCUCAUCCUCUGCCAACAAAAUUGUGGCUACUCCUCUUAAAAGAGGCUCUUCUUCUUUUCCCAGAUCAAUAUGCCUGCUUCGUAUUUCUCCAAUACAAUUUGCAACCUGUUAACCAUGCUAUUUCCCCCCCAUCCAUAACAAGCUAAGUUUGAUGGCAUUGCCAUUUUGCAACCAUUCCUUAUGAAUCCACAGAUAGUCCUACUCAGAGUAGACCCACUGAAAUUAAUGGGUCUAAGUUGGGCAUGUCUAUUAAUUUCAGUAGAUGUGUCUCCUUUGAGCUUGAUUAAUAUUGGAUAUAACCCACUUCUUUGCACUUAUAAGCACUUCUUUGCACAUAUAAGCACAGGAACCUAAGAUGCAGCUGUAAAUCUGAUGUUGUUUCUUCAAGGCUCUUAAGCCACAGGAAAGCCCCAUGGUUUGUGUCCUUUCCAUUAUCCAUGGUCUGCUUUCAUAAUCUCCCACUCUGCCUUUGCCAGGUGUAUCAUCGCAAUGGGUCUGGACAAAAAGCCUUCGCCUCCCAAGAAAAAGAUCGUUGUUGCCGAUGAAGAAAAGAAAGAAGAUUCUGCGAAGGAAGAAUAUAGCAGUAAGCUACCAGGGAGUAGCAGCAGUGGAGAGGAAAGCAAAUAUUUAAGGUUUACUCCAGCUCCCAGACAACAGAAAGAAUUUGUGGGAGAUGCUCAAGAAAUGCAAGUGGAGGAAAGAAAAAGAGCAAUAGAAAGAGCCCUUGGUGACCAUGAAAAGAGCCCAAGAAUUGCAGCGAUUGAUGGUACAGUAUGAAUGGGGAGAAAUUGUUGCACAGUAUAUGCCCUGCAGGCAUAAAGUUCUAGUGCCAAUCUCUGGCAUCUUCAGUUAAGGAAUCUCAGGUGGUAGAUGACAGAGGAGACCCCUCUCUGCCUGAGACCCUAGAGAGCACCUGCCAGUUAUAAUUAAGCAAACAUGGGCUAGAUCAUUGGUUUUCAACUGGUGUGUCAGGACUCAAUACUGGGUCACUGAUUUAUGGUAAGGUAAAAGGUAAAGGACCCCUGGACAGUUAAUUCCAGUCGAAUUUGACUAUGGGGUGUGGCACUCAUCUCUGCUUUUCAGACCAAGGGAGUUGGCAUUUAUCCAUGUGGCCAGCAUGACUAAACCACUUCUGGCGAAUGGAAACACUGUUUACCUUCUGCGGUGGUACCUAUUUAUCUACUCAUGCUGGUAUGCUUUCAAACUGCUAGGUUGGCAGGAGUUGGGACAAGGCAAUGGGAACUCACCCCAUCACAUGGAUUUGAAAUGCCGACCUUACAAUCGGUAAGCCCAAAAGGCUCACUGGUUUAGACCACAGCACCACCUGAACCCCAUGGUCUAUUGUGGGUCGCAACAGCAGUGCUAUCACAAUACAAAUAUAUGGGGGGGGGGGAAUUAAGAAGUGCCCCCCGGUUAAUAAUUGUGUUGAAGGUGUGUCCUGGGUCUGGAAAGGUUGAGGACUACAGGGCUAGAAGGACCAAUGGUCUAACCCCAUAUAAAAUAGCUCCUUAAGUUCCUAUGAAAAUUGCCCCCUAGUUAUCCUGUGUUCAUAAACAUAAUCGUACACACACUCAUCAUCACACCCACAGAGAUGUCGUCACAUGAUAGGCUGCAUGGCCAGACACAGGAGUUCCUAUUACUGAUACAAUGCCAUUAGUGACCAUUUAACCCCUUUUUGUUUAGCUAUAACCAUUUUGCAGAGCUGUUUAUUUAUUUAAGAUAGUUCUAACUCAGGCUUCCUCAGACUCAGCCUUCCAGAUGUUUUUGGCCUACAACUCCCAUGAUCCCUAGCUAGCAGGACCAGUGGUCAGGGGGGAUGGGAAUUGUAGUCCUAAAAUAUCUGGAGGGCCAAGGUUGAGGAAGCCUGUUCUAACUUUUUCAAACAUAGUGGCUUACAAUGCUGCUUAAAAACAAUUAAGAAUAUCACCAAUUUAUCCUUCAUUCUUUAUAAAGCACAAAAAACAACAAAGCCAAAGUAAGUAAAUAAACUCCAAAUACACUUUGAAAUGAUGCCUAAAAUACUGCUAAAGAGGCAUGAUGAGAUUUCCUGGUACAGAGAAUGUCUCAGAAGUUGAAUGUUUCUGUUUUCGAACGCCAAAAACCCGUAACUAAAUGCUUCUGUUUUUGAAUGCGCCCCAGAAGUUGAAUGGCUUCCGCUGAGUGUUUCUCAAUUUACUCAAUUAAAUUUGCAGACCACCCUUUGCGCUUCGGUUUUUGAAUGUUUCAGAAGUCGAACAGUCUUCCAGAAUGGAUUACGUUCGAAAACCGAGGUACCACUGUACACAUGACAUGGCAAAGCUUGUAAUCUGUAAAGCGUGGGUGAGAAAUGUUGGUUCUCCAGAAGCUGUUGAACUGCAACUCCCAUGAGCCCCAGCUAGUAUGGUCGAGGAUGAUGGGAGCUAUAGUGUGACAACAUUUGGAUGGCCACAGGUUUUCUCCCCUUGCCAUGAAGCAGAUGUAACUAUGUACAUUGUGUUUUUACCUCUUUGUGAGCAAAAGUGGCCUACGGUUUCUGCUUCAAGGAGAAUGCAGCAAGUAGUAAGGGAUGACUUCAGUUCUGCACACAUACACACACAUUUAUCAUCUCUAAAUGAAAAAUUUGGAAUUAAUUCAUUAUUUUCAGAUUUAGAGUUCAGUCAACGGAUUCACCUCAAAUGCAUGCAUUUAGUCCUAUUAGCAGGAGUCUGGUAGAGUCCUCUGCUUCUACUAAUAGGACUAAAAUCAUGCAUUUGAGCAGAGCUGGGCUGUCCUGUUAGCAAAGUUGCCCCUCUGUACAGGAAUUGAAGCCCCACCACUGACUUUUGUUUGUUUCCACAUGUGAGUCCUUUGCAUGCUCUAUCUAUUUUCCCGCCAUAAAUAUAUUCUCACUUCCAACUCCUGAAACUUCCUUUGUGAGUUUAUUGCAAGUUUCUCAUUAGUUACCAGCUGUGCAGUUUUGUUUCAUCUCCCCUCUUCCCCCUUCAGGAGGUAGAUACCUUUCAGACAAUUACCUGUGGAGGAGACUCUGGCUGUCCCAGAUGCAGCUGGUACCCUCAAUUGAUGCAAUUAAAUUUACUUACUCCUUAAGCCCCACUCUACAGGUUAUUGUUUAUUUGCCUAAUUGGUUCCGCAUGAGAUGCUCCCCCCUAUAUUUCUUGUUCUUCCUGGCAUUCUGUCAUUUGAACAUGGAGGAAAGUUGAUAGGGAAAGGAAAGAGGUGAAAAAAUGUGGUCCCCAGGGAAUAUAUCUGGUUAACAUGACAGCUUCUUUUACGUGAUAACAGUUUGUUGCUUCUCUGCAAGGUGGUAGUGAAACAAAGGGAUGCUGCCAAAAUGCUUUAUUUGUGAAAAGUCCACAUGCAUCUCAGUGUAUCAGCAUACAAUUAAUCCAUUCACUGAUGAUGAUCUCCAAUGCUGAGGUGGACCUCUUCCUUGGCCUAGGGUAGUACUCUCAGCUGUGGGUAGGAACUAGAGCACUACAGGUAAAUUGCAUAACCUGUGCAUUAUUUGUCAAACUGGAACAAUGGUUUGCAUUUAUUACAGCAUGAAUGCCAGACUGGGUUGAGGUAUCUUGGGUUGGGUUUCCAUUCACAAAAGGACACCUUUGGAUCCAACACCAAAAAGGAGGCGGGGAUCAAUUACAGCUAUAAAAAAAUUCAAAGAUACAAAAGACACAAAAUGUUGUCUUAGGUGUGCCGCAGCAACAGUAACUGUACCAAGCAGUUACACAAUAUUAAUAGAUGGAGAUUUCCUCCAAAAUGCAUUGAGAACCAGAGUUACCUUUUCAGCUGCCAUUUUUGCCUUUGGAUUCAAUCCUUUCCUUUCGUGAUGCCAUGUAGUCACACUUAACAGUAUGCAGCAUUUUCCUUGUAAAAAAAAGCCCCCAAUUAUGUUAAGAAUUCUUCUUGCCAGCCCAGACUUCCAACUCAGCUAAGACCACUGAUAGCUACUUCAUUUGUUUAACACCAUCACUCCUUACUUCAUUUGUUUAACAUCAUCACUCCUUGCAAUUAUUCUAGAGCGAUCCCUACAUCAGUGAAGAGAUGGGUGGGUGUUACAUGGUUUGGUCAGAUCAGGGAUGGAGUCUUUUGUGAUAAGCAAGUGAGGGUUCUACUGUUUCCAUGAUGCCUCUGUUUACAUCUGAGCAACUAUCAGAUAUUUUGGGAUGGAAUUACAUGUAUUCUUCACAAACACACAUUUCCCAAAAACAUAUUUCAGGACUGUUUGCCAGUGUAAUUAUUUGCUUCAAUGUGAUUAUGUCUGAAUGAGACCCACAAAGAGAAAUAAUAGAAUGCAUUUGAUUUUGUGGGGUUGAUUUCAGGCCAUUUGAAACACUGCAAGGUAGCAAACAAGUUUUCCACAAAAUAUAUAGUUAGGCAGGUUUACUGUGGGCAGUCCUGGCUUUCUUAAAGGCAUAUAUUUAUGAAGUAUGUGUCUCCAAGUAUAUGUGUUUGUGUGUUUCAUAUUUUUGCUUGUAUACUUAAAAACCACAAUGUGAGAGGUGGUGCAUAGUGAACAGAAAAUAAGAUUUCUGUUGGUUCCCACACACCUUGCAAAGUCUGUGAGGAUUUGGAAUGUAUAACAACUACAAGUCCUAAUCAUCCUCUCCUCCACUGAAAUAAUUCCAAUGUACUUAGUGUGGAGAUUAUGCCACAAUUUGCCCUGCCUCUCUUGCGUAUGGAGUAGCAAGAAAAAGUUUUUAACAUUACUGUAUCAUUGUACAGUUUAAAUCCAUGGCUCAGCAUGUUAACUUUAUUGUUUGUGUGUGUGUGUGUGUGUAUAUAUAGGCAGAAAAGGGUCAAAUGCAAAGGAGAACAAAGACUAAUGGGCUUAACCUAUUUGGGGUUAAUGAGAUAUUCAAGUAGUUUGUGGUCCAUUUUCUAUCUCACGGUAUGCUUGUCCUUAUAUUUCAGCAUACGAUGAAGAUUUUGAAGCAGAUGAAGAGAAAUCAGAUGGGAAAGUUAAUGAAGAAGGACAGGCUGGUGAUCAAAUGAAAAGAAUGUCAAAGUCACCCUCAGAUGAUGAAAAAGAUAAUUUAGACCAUGAAAAGGAGAAUAAAAAGUCAUCACUGAAAGCUUCGCGGGCCUCUGACAGUGAACGAGAUGAAAGUGAUGGAUACACCGGGAGUGACUUGGAGGAGGAGAGAAAACAAGGUUAGUUGUUUUCCUUAGAGUGGCAUAGAAUGAAUGGCCUGAUGCAUGUUUAACUUGUUACAUACGCCCUGUAAUGGGUUAUCUAUUUUGUGGUUCACAUUUAAGUACCCAUUUGAAUUACGAUUGCUAAAUUGAUAUAGAAUGUGCCAGUCAGCACAAAAUAAGCAAAGUCUCCCAAGCUGCUUCUUUAAACCUCUUUUAUCUCUCAGGUACUAUAUGAGAAUGGCCAGAUAGGCGGCAGCUAGAAGAGGAAAUUUGGGUCUCUCUUCUCCAGUGUGUGUGAAGACAGAAAUUAAGCUCUCUCUUUCAGACCACUUCCUUUGUUCCUCUGGAAAGGUUUCAGUCUCACUCCAGAACCCAUUAACUUGGACAGGAAUUUAUGAUGCCCAUUGAGAAGCGCGGUGUUAUAAUUUUUAUUUAAAGCGCGCCCAUGCUCACCUUGAAUUGUGGAUGUCCAACAUUGUGUAGAGUGGAAUAGACCUCUGGCCUUCUCAAGCUCCCAAAUAUAGCUGGUGGGGGCGGGGGGAGAGGGGAGGAGCACACAGGGCUGGACCAAGACAUGUUGGCACCUGAGGUGGACCCCAGGACGACUCCUCCCCCUCCCUGCCAGGGGUGAAGGAGGCCAGGGACAAUGCAGUAGAGUAAGAUCAACAUUGGGUUCUGUUGCCCUGGGUGGACCCUGGACCCUGCCUCCUGAAGCAGUCUCCUCACCUUGCCUCGUGGGUGGGCUGCCCCUGGGAGUACAGGUUUCCUUUUUUUACCUUGCCUUCCCCUCUCAUCCUUAAGACCUCCCACUUACACAGGAAAUACAUCUCAUGUACUGCUAAUUUCAGACAAUGUUUGAUUAUUGUGAUCCAUAGAUUAUGGGCCUGCUCAGACACUUCUGUGCACUACUGUGAGACCAGGACCUUAGGGAAGGGGCUGUUGUUGAGUGGUGGAACAUCUCCUUCAAUGCAAAAGCUCCCAGAUUCAACUUGAUAAUGGGAAUGUCCCCUGUAUGAAACCCUGGAGAGCCACUGUGUAGGCAGUAUUGCACUAGAUGGACCUAUGGUCUGGCUCAGUGUAACAGACCCUUCCAAGUGUCCCUAUUUUCCAGGGACAUCCCUGAUUUAGAGAAGCUGUUCCAGUUUCUGAUUUGAUCCUGGAAUGUCCUGCUUUUCCCUAGGGCAUCCCUAUUUUCAUUGGAGAAAUGUUGGAGGGUAUGGAGUUAUCCGACCCCCAAGCCGUCUGAAGACAAUCCUGUAUAGGGAAGUUAUUUUCAAUGCUUAAUGUUUUAUUAUGUUUUUAUAUAUGUUGGAAGCCACCCAGAGUGGCUGUGACAACCCAGGUAGAUGUGUUGGGUAUAAAUAGGAAGAUUAUCAUUAUGGAAUGGGUCGUCCCUAUUUUCAUCGGAGAAAUGGAGGGUAUGGUAUAAGGCAGAUUCGUAUCAGGAGCAGGCCUCGCAUGUAGUGUGCUCCCACUGCUGAUGUGAUAUCAUAUCACCCUGUCCUGCAGUGUAGAACUCUGCACAAACUUCCCCCUGCAAGAUCCUUUUCAAACAUAAAUAUCCAGACACCUGUAGACGAGGCUACUUGGGGAUACUUUGUCAAUGUUUGUCAAUGCUCCUUCUGUGUUCCUGUGUUCCAAUUCACAUGUUGCAAUGAAUCACUUGUGUCUUUUUGACACGAGCACAUUCAUGGUAUUCUGUGAGUUCCUGGCUAAAAGAGCUAAAAGAGAAAGAGCCAAUUAAUCUGUAAUGUAUGAACUGGCAUAAUGUAUGAAACUGUGUAUAGUUUUCAUCAUAUGAAAAGAAACAUCUUGCAUGGCAGCCUGUAGAUGUCACUUUUGCAUUGUAAAGUACCAGGCACCAAAAAAUGUACCACUGUAUAUGAAAGUGAGAACCCAUAGCAACAAUUCUAAGGGCUCUCUCCUGCCAUCCCUCUGGGCUCCAUAGUAAGCAGGGCUUUCCACAAGCCAAAUUCUGGUCAGCGGUUGCAGCGUGACUCCAUUUUGAUCCAAGAAUGACAUGCCCACAACCUCAGGGCGAUAAAUAUGCAGUCCUGUGCCUUCUGAGUUCUGUGCAGGGGACAAACACUCAGAAUGAUGAACCCUAGAUAAUUGUUACCACAAGGAAAUUAAAAUGCUGCGGAAUUAGUUUUCAGUAGCAUAAAUAACAUUUUUGGUAACCUCUGUCCUCCCCAGUCAGCAUAACUGAUGGAGAUAAUUAUUUCCUUUAUGUAUUCUGAGCCGCACACCUUCAUAAAUAAUCUAAUGGGAAGCAUGUAUCUCAUUUCCCAUUCAUUAAUACAAACAGCGAAACGGGUCCAAAAGCUAGGCAUGCUUGCAAAACAAUGGAAAUUGCAAGCGUUUUGGCUUUCCAUCGGCGCAGACCUGAUUUCUUCCUGUUUAUUUCUUAUCCUGCUGUUUCUUUUUGAUACUGCCAUAACUUACACAACAGUUGCUUGUCAAACUGGACCAGGCAUUCUGUGUUUACUGCUCCCCUGAAAUCUCUCCAUUGAAAUGCCUUCCAUUUUGACAGGCUUUAUCGGAGAGCUCUUUUCCCAAGCCAAACGUUAAUGUAGCUUUUGUAUUUGUAUUUUCUGUGUGAAAUAGGGAAAGGUAAAGCAGCUGACUGGGAAAUGGACACUGCUGCGAGAAAGAUCCAGUGUUUCUAUAGGAAGCACAAAAGUCGACGGCAAACUCGGGGUGUCAAACCAGGUUUGCAGUUGGUCUGCAUGGACAAAUCUUUGUUCUGAUCAAAGAGACUUUGAUUUCUCUAAGCAGCCAGUGACCAUGAAGGAUAAUCAGCUUGCAGCUUUGCUAAUCAUUUAAGAAAUAAUUACAUGCUCUUUCUUUUUUAAAAAGCUGGUGUUACUUCUCAGGCUUGUGGUCACAUGGUACUAGGUGGCGUGUAGUUGCAUUGCCUAAAAAUAUAUAUUGUGGCAGCCUUUGUUAAUAGCUGGACUGAUCUGAUAACUGGUAUGAUUUAAGUCUUGGCAAAUCAUCUUAUCUGGGGAAUGAAUUUUCCUUUUGCUGAAAUUGCUAAUAACUCUGAGGGUGCUCUUCCUCUUGAAAAUGGCUUGGGUCAUGGAUAGCUUUCUUUUAUGCAGGCAUCUAUCAGGGCAUCUGCCCUCUACUUAGGGCACAUCUCAUUGUGGAUGAUGUACAUCAGAGAUUGGGAAUCUGUGGUCUUUCAGAGUUGUUGCACUACAACUUCCAUGAGCCCCAGCUAGCAUGGCCAAUGGUCAGGGUUGCUGAUAAUAUCUGAAGACUACAGGUUCCCCCAUCCCUGGUGUAGAUUGUAUUUGGUGCUGGGUAGAAAGUCUUGCUUUGUGGCAGGGUCCAAUCUAAACAGCUUUCUUCCUGCUCUUUCAUUUUCGGAUGCAUAAUUCACUUGCUUCUGAUUAAAUUCUCUUGUUUGGAAUUCAUUUAUGUAUUUUUGUUCCACCCAAUGAAUAUUGCAAAAAUGCUUCCUCAUUUGCACAAAUGGUCCACCCAAGUCAUUAGGAGAUGAAGAAGAAUCUCCUUUACAUAGCCUUACAUUAAUAAUGUAGCUGCACAGUAAAUACAGCUAUUUGGAAACGUUUCCUUGCAUCAGAGUGUGAAUCGUCGGAAUUCAACUUUAAAAUGGAGAAGUUUAACAUAAAAAGGGACAUUAUUGUUUCUUUCUUGUUUAGGACAGGGUGCUUUGGCCAUUAGAAGCAGGCAUAUGUUAAAAAGUAAGACUUUAAUCUUACAACACAUAUUUGGAAGGAAGUCCCAUUGAGAUUUUUUGAGCAGGUAAACUCUGGAUUAUGCUGCAUGCAAGUUCCCCCAAUGCAUGAAGCUGCUACAUGUUUUUCCACUUGCUUCUGUAUGGAGGAGACCCAGGUAGCCAGGACUGAUAUAGGCUCCUCACAAUUUACCUAAAGUUAAAUAAUGUUGACUGAUAACUUUCAGUUUGAAGUAUUGGGAUUAGAAGAAGAGCCACUUCUGUAAAUGUGCUUGCAGCUGAAAAACAGUGCUGAGGCUAUAAUAAUAAAAUAAAUAAAGGUAUGUAUUUAUUGAUUUUCUUUUUCAUUUCACUCUGGAGGUAAAUAACCGUAAGUAGAAACUGAUUCCAGAUUUGCCUUGGUUGUUUGACAUCACAAUUAGGUGGACCUGCUUCUUACAGUAGAGGCUGAAGUUCCCUUAGAACAACAUCAGAUAUGUAUGAUCAGACCAAAGGUCUGUGUAGUCCAGCCUUCUGUUUCUUAUAGCAGUCAGCCACAUCCUUCCUGGAAGACCAAAUGUCACCCCCUUGAAUCUCCAUUGAUGUGAAACUCAGUAAAAUGCAUGGACUACUUUUUAGGGUUGAGGACAAGGAAGGUGGCGUACUAAAUUUCUAGUUGGAUACAGGAUUUGUACUCGUGGUUAUGAGUAAAGAAAACUAUGGAAACCGUGUUUAUGUUGUUAUCUCAUCCUUGGCUCAUGUGAAUGGUUUCUUUUAAACCAUAACAUCUUCGUGUGUUUUUGAUGCAUUUCAUUUGCAUUUGCAUUCUGAGUGAUUUUGCCCUCACCAUCAGUGCAUUUGCUGUGGCACACUUUCUAGUUGUUGGAAGGUUACGGUUUCGAAUACUGAUUUGCUUGAUUCUGUAAGCAACUCACAUUUACUGUGCAAACCUGAUCCAAAGCUACUUUGCAAUUCCUUCUGUGCUAUAGGAUGGAACGUAGCUACUCCCAUACUCCCUCUAGGAGAAGACUUAGCUAAGUCAGGAAUGAUAUUUUUCUCCUGCUUUCACUUUUUUUUGAAGGAAACGUUAGUGAGCUCCAAUAUUCUCUUUUAAUUAUGAAGGGUCUACAAGGUAUACAAAGAAAGAAUAGGUUUGAACAUUGAUAUACUUAUAAGGAAAUGAACAUAGGAUUAAAUCGGCCUGUAGUUAUAGUGGUUUGAAGUGGUGUGCAUGAAGGAAGGCUUUGUUUGUGACACCUGUCACUGCUACAGUGCCUGUAGCACAAGUGUUCAUGGGGCUGACUUGGGGUUUUCAUUAUUAAUCCGCUACAUGCACUCAAUUAAUUAUAUUAAGACACAUAACAAGCUGCACUUCUGGAUAAGUAACUGAUGAAGCCAGUAGUAAAUUUCUUUUGACUAUUGUUUCCUCAACCGUAUGCUUUGUACAAAAAUAUGCUUGGCUGCUCGUGCGUGCUCUGCUGCUGCUGCUAUUUAACAUUAAUUCAGCAUGCCAUUCAUUAAGCAGUUUUAAAAAAUAGUUUUGUUUUAAUUGUGGAUUUAACUGGAAGCAGAGUAGAUCUUGGCCCCUAUACUCACUCCCAGCAGGGAGUUAAAUAAUGCACUCUGAGUUUUACAGAUGAACAAAUUUCAGAUAAGUAGCAUUUAACAAAAAAUCCUGACCCAUUUUGUGUGAUAGUAAUUGAUCCAUUCAGAGCAGAAAUCCCAAUGAGAUAUAACUUAAGUGGAAUGAUCAUGCUAAUUGGAUAGGCGUGACAGUCUUUAUUGAAGUGUUUUAUUAAUAGCAUGCAAGACUGGUUAGGAAAUGUGUAUGUUUUGUAGCUAGAGGCUGUAGAAAUGAGAUGACCAACCAUAUUGGGUUAGCACUCACUAUCACUUCAGUGAUUACAGUUUUCAUCAUCAUGGGCACCAGCCAUAGCUUUCUUUGUUUUCCCAUCCAGAAGUAGUUCAGUAACUACAGCGAAGCCAUAUAGGAUUGUCUGCAGUUUCAGGAGACUGCUUAUCAUUCAAAAGAGACUGCCAGAGUAAAUUGGAUACGACAGACCCAAUGUUGUGCCGUGGACGAAAGCUUAGUGUGGUUUUUUGGUUGUCAGUUUGUCGCUUGCCAAAUGCAAACAAUAGCAGUCCACUUUACAGUGUUGGUGUUAUGUGAACAAUUAACAGCAAAUAAUUAAUUAGAAAUGCCCCUGGGGACUGAAGUAGCUGAUUCUUGAAAUCUUAUCUGGUGGGGAAGGAGCUGUAGGUUCUGAGAUGGGAGCUGGAGAUUGGGAGCUGCACUUGUGUCACCCUCAAGUACGUAUGCAAACCAAAUCAAUACAGUAUUAGGGCAUUUUCUUCCUUCCUCCACUUCCUGGAAUUCCCUUCUGUGGGUAAACCCACAAUCACAAAGCCUCAAUGACUGGUGACGAUGAGGUGAGAAGAAAUCAUAAGCAGUGCCAUUGCAAGAUUGACUCUGGAGGAUAAAUAGCAGUGUGAAUACAGGGGUUUUAAUCAGAACUGUGGCAUGGGCAGGAAGUCAAAUCUCCCUUUCCCAUGUGUGUGGUCUUGAUCUUGAGGGAUGCCCCCUGAAGAUGUAAUUUAACAUUUAAAACUAGACACAUUCAUUGUCAUCAAUCCGUUCGCAUUUGUCUGGGUUGGCCUUUAGACUUUGCUUUCUCCCCAACAUUCAUUUUGCAAGUCUAGUGAUCCCCCUCCUCCUGUUUGGGGGCCAGUAAACAUUCUUGCCUCCCCCCAUGUGCAUUCUGAAGUGGUAUGGUCUAGGAAUGCUUACUUCAUGUUAGGGUGCUGAUCAUGUAUUUUGUCUCUGAGUCACAUGUUGCAUAUUUGUUAUCCUUCUUGCAAUCCUUUGAACUACUAGAAACCGGUGGUUUGUGGCCAGUUUAGCAGGAAUCACUGAGAGUGUGACAAUGAUAUGCCAGGCCUCUGCAGCUGUUCAUGAGUAGCAAAAAGAGUAAAUGUCCCAUCAGUGUUCUAGUUCCAUACAACUGAAGACUACCUCUAUGAAGCCCUGCUCUCGGUUCUGAUGUGCUAAUAGAUUAGUUUCAUUUAACAACCCUGUAUCCCAAUUGUAAACAUAGUACUCUGCACACGAAAAAAUGAGAAAAUAGGUCAAGUAAUUCUUUCUGUUGGUGUAACAGUGCUCCUUACAGAAUGACAAUAAAGCACCCAUUCGGGUCAUUUUUAUUGACACAGUCUAAAGCCAUUACUUUAGAAGUUUUAAUAUAUCUGUUGGCUUGAUUUGUGUAAUGUCGCCCAACUGCUGUUGGUGAGAAUUGGAUUCUCUUACUUCCUGGAGCAGUUUUCAGCAAGAAACAAAAUAAGUUUCUGUCUCUAGUGUGUUGUUCCGCGCUGGAGGAUGUGCUUCGGACAUUCAUUCCUAAGCAGAUUUCCAUCCUUGCCUUAGUCGCCAGGAAAAAUGGAAAUUAGAGACACCUUCUGAAAACAUUUACUAGAAGCCCAUUUCUCCCUUCUUUCCACCGUCUCCCAAUAUCCAGACUUUAUUGUCUGUAAGUUCCAGCCAAUCAAAGGAAGCUCAGAUACAGUAUAGCAGGGCCCUGAAAUACAUGAAAGUAGCUGUUUUAUUGACACCUCAAGAUGGCUGAAAGUGAUUUCGCCUCUCACUGUCCUUGCCACUGGCACGCUUUGCAAUUGUGGAGAAUCACAGUUUUGAAAACGAACUUAGUUGAUUCUGUAAACAACUGAAGUUAACUGUACAAAACUGCUCCAGAGCUAAUGUGAGAUUCCUUCUGUGCUAGGACGUAACAAAGUUACUCCAAGACUCGCCCUAGAAGAAGACUUGGCUAGGUCAGGAACAAUAGCUUUCUCCUGUGUGCUCUCUUUUUGAAGGAAGUAUGAGUGAGCUCCAAUAUUCUCUUUUCAUUAUGAAGGAUAUACAUGGCAUGCAAUCAAAAAGCAGAGUGAAAGCUUUGAACAUUGAGAUGUAGCUAUUUUCCUGAAACCUCAAGAUGGCUGAAAGAGGCCUUGGCCUUAGUCAUGACAUGAUGGUGACCAGAAUAAAAGAUUGUGUGCAUUUGUUAGAAUGUUGCUUUCCCCUACGUUUCCCUUAAAUACCAUAAACUAAUGAAAGGAGGGAAAUGGGGACACCUUCUGGGCUGGCAUCAGAACCCAGCAUCCUUGGGCGUUUGAUGCCCAGCAAGGCCCAUCAAUGAUGCCUCUCCUAGUCCCCUCAUCUUCAGACACAUUCUGGCAGGAUACUCAAAGCAGCACUAGACAGCUGGGUCUAUCUUCCUUUUCUUUUCUCAGUUUCCCUUACAAUGAUACUACCUUGGAGGCAUUCUUUGAAAUUAACAUUUGCUAGGUCCAUCUAGAGUGGUAUUAAACUAGCACAUCCUGUCAGUGCAUGGAUUUUUGCUUGCGCAGUAGGGCUUGCCUCCCUCUCCUCCCCUAAUACCCCAGCCCCCAAACCUGCUGCAUUGGGUUGGGGGAACAGAUUUGGGGGAAGUGUUGUGGGGAGAAGGAGAGAAGAUUCCAUUGCUCAAGCAGAAAUCCUUGCACUGACUGAAGAUUCACAUAGUGGUACACUGGAUACCACUCAUAGGGAAGAAUUCAGUGUCUCACUAUGUUGUUCUGUCCAGACCAGCAUUGUAGCUUGCCAAAUGGAACAAUCUCCUCUGCAUGCUGUUCUGGGGUUUCUCCUGCCCCUGCCCCUUGAACUAAUGGUAGGGGAAGGGGGCAGGGCAUGCAAGGAGAGGAGGUGGAAAUGCCCUGUUGCACAAGUGGAAGUCCUUAGGUGGGCUUCCACUUACAGAACUCAUCAGUUGAAUUCCACCCUUAGGGUUUUCAGCACAUAGUUACAGAGGAUUUUGAGGGACUGCAAUGCACGUAUUUCCUUGACUCUGUUUUUACUAAAAAAUAAAAAUAAAAUUGAAAUGACUAUAGGAGCCUGUCCUUCAUAAAUAAUAAUAAAACGAUGGCCCGCUCCAAUCUGUGCACUUUCUUGACAGCUUUGAAUUUCAGCAGCUGGUGCAGGUCCAAAUGAAGGCGAAAUUUCUCCAAAUGUGGAAGAUUUUAAUAGUGUCUCUAGAUAAAUGAGAAACGGUAAUCCUUAUUUUUCCAUGCAAUAUUUUUGUUGAGCGCAGGCAGAGAACGGGUCAGAGAAGACUGAACGUAUGGUUUUCAAAUCCUCGUAGGCCAUAAUCCUGUGAAUAAAUCAGGAUGACUCAUUAGCUGGAAAGCAGUGCAGGCUGUUUUUGCUGAGGCAAACAGCUAUUUCUGUAUCAGGCUGUUUAUGUUUUCAAAAAAACCUGAUAAUAUUUUUAAUGACCUGGGUUGCUGAAAUGUCUCAUGGCCUUUUACACACUUCGAGGCUGAAAUCUAAUGCUGCUUUAAGGUGGCUUUUGCACAUGUCUCAGAGGCAAAUGGCAGCAGAACAAGCGUGAAUCACUCAAGCGCUCUGUUUAACCACAUCCAUAUUCUUGUGUUCAGGGAGGAAAAGAGAUAGAUCCUUCCAGGUAUGAUAUGCAUUUUCCAGAUGGAUAGGUAGAAUUAUGCAUCUUCUCUGUGUGCGCGUUGUAUACAUUGUCCCUUCAGAUGAGAACCUCCCUUGGGAGAUGGGAGUGGAAGUAUGAGUCAGUCUUUCUUCUCCUUUCACCAUUUCUAAAGAACAUUCAAAGAGACACUGAAGCUGAAGGUAUAUUUAUUAUUAAAUUAUUAAAAGUGUUUCUGCUUAUCUUUCCAAUCCAAUAGAUGGCACUCAAGGCCUCCUUUCAUACAUUUGAUACUAUUAGCUGGCACCAAUGACAAGCUUCAAGCACAAGAUGUGAUAAGGUUCCCUAUGUCUGUGUUUUGACCAAUGACAAGCUGCCAUAGAUAAUUAAAUCUUAUCACUUUCCAGCCUGGUUUUUAAUUUGCUGCAAUUUUCUGAGGGAGCGAUUUGUGUUAACCUACAACUGGUCCACACAAAACAAGACACGCAUGGGUGCCUUUUAAAGCAGCUGUCUCUGUGUAGCAUGUUGAAGCUUUUCCCUUUUCUUUUGAAGGCUAUGGUGACAUUUAAAAAAAACAUGCUACCCCACCCUGAAGUAUGCAGCAAAUUUUUGCGUGUGUGCCAUUGGGCUGGAAACAAUCUUUAAAUAACCUUCAUGUUGUGUGCUUGUUUGCACCAGCCCUAACACAUUUCUUCUCCUGCGUUAUUACAUUACCAUGUGGAUUAAUGUGAAGACUCACCUUGAAAGUCCUGGUUGAUGAAGACAGGCUAGUUGGAGGAGCUAGAUGCUCACAUUACUUCUGGGUCUCUAUCUGCUUUGUUGCUAAACAUAUCUCCUUAAGUCAUCAGGAGUGUUGAUCCAGUAUCCACCAGUAACAUUCAUCCCCCCAAAAUAAAGCAUCCAUUCAGUAUCUUAUGCUGAGGGUUAUGUUAAUAUUUAUCAAAUGCAUUACGUGACGCUGUCCAUUUGUUAGAGUGCUGAAUCUGGACCAGUGUUACUGAGUUCUGGCUCCAAUUGGUUUACUGGUUGACUAUGUACAUUGAUUAGCUAUAUGUUCUACAGCCUUGCUUCCCAUAUGGAAAAGAGAGAUUUUAAUGACCACCUCGCAGUAGUGUUUCAUUCAUUCUUAUAAUAUUCACUGGAAAAUGCUUUACAUUACAGAAGUGCAAUGAAAGAAUAAAGAAAACCCUGCAUUUUUGCUCAAGUAAACAUGUUUUCCUCCCCACUCCCCUUUACAAAAGAAUCACAAGCCCUGCAGAAUAUUCAGAGCAGCACAGAUGGAAAGAAUAAUUUAAAAUAUUAGCAAAAUUUACAAGUAAUUAUCGGAAGCAGGCAGGACAUGAAAGGAGCUCAGAACUCAGAACUGCAUUUGAUAGAAAACACAAGAGUAUAAUACGUUACAGUAUUGAUUUUAGUUUUGUCUAUAACGGAUUUCCAAUGGAUUCUAUUAUUCAGUUGAAAUGUUAGGUAUCUGCAAAUGAAUGAACUUUGUUUGUCGAGGAUUUAUUGCAAAUGAAAUUAGAAGCUGCAGCAUUUUAUAAAGUGAUACUGAGUAGUCCUUAGUCUCAAUCCAUGCUUGAGCUUUCCCUUAACUGGGUGGCUUUAUCAGAAAAGACUACAUAAGUGUCCAGCCUGAGCAAGGUGUCUGCUCUCAGUUCUUGGAUACAGCGACAAGGUUGUAGAGCAAUCAGACAAGGAUAAGGCUAGAGCAAGUCAGGUCUGAGGGGCCAAAGGUAGGGGCAUAAUCAGUGCAAGGGACAUGGAUAAACUAGGGCUAGGACAAGGCACUCAUCACAAAAAAAGUUGUUUGGACUGACGGGGCAGCUCUCAGGCCAGACCAUUAUAGGCCCAGGUGUGCAGGCGUUGAUUGACCUGUCAAUGCAGCUGAUAGCUACUUCAGUCUAGUUGGGGCUCAUGCCCUACAGUUAGGGCUUAGCCUCACUUACCUUUUGCCCCACUCUUUCCAGGCAUGGGUUCAUGCUUAAAAGUACCGUGUCCAAGCAUUUUUUAAAAAUGCCCCAGAGCUUUCCCCACAAAAAACUUCUCUUUAGUUCUCCAUUGGAGCAAAUGUCAAUUCAGGUUUUUUGCUGAUUUCCUGGAAAAAGUGGAGGAAAGAUAAGUGUGGAGAAGCCCUUCGUCUGCCUGGUUCAAGACCUCCUUUCCUCAGUGCCUUGCAGUAAAUGAAAUACCGGUACUUUCUGAGAUCUCACAGGAGCAUCUUGGUCCUCGUGAUACUUUUCCUGAUUUGCAGUAUACACUCAAGUUGAGUUUCUAACAUUGUGGUCUUAACUCCCAAGCAUUUGGAGUGAUUUGGCUUUUCAAUUUCCUUUUUACCAACAUGCUCAUUUUGGGGACAUUUCCUCUUUUGAAAUCAAAUGUGACCUUGUUGGAUUUCCUUGGAGACCUAGCCAUUUACAUGUAUAUUUAAUUUUACAGCUUAAUGGUCACUGUUCCCCAUUGGCUCAACAAUGCUUAAAUCUUGCACCAAGUCCUGUAUGCCACUCAAGAUUAAGUCUAGGGUCACUGCCCUUUUGGUCAGUUCCAACACCAACUGUUCUGGAGCACUGUCAUUUAGAAUACCUAGCAUUUUUAUCUCUUUGCCAUGACUAGAACACAUAUGUAGCCAGUCUAUGUGAGGGUAGUUGAAGUCACCUGUUACUACAAUGUUCCACUUUUAGACGCUACCUUGAUUUCAUUCAUCAUCUCAAGGUCUCCUUAAGCAUUUUGCCACUGACCUAGCAGCUGCAAUUUUAUUCUGAAUUGUAAUUUUAUUGCCCCUCCCCUUUUUACACCACCUUGUGCAUGAAAGGUGUUACAGAUAUAUUUCAGAAAAAAUAAAUACGGUUACUGAUUUUUUUCUGAUACUGUGUUUUAGAGCACAGGAACCAUUGAGCAAAAGCAAAGUGAAUAAGGAUUUCAGCAAAACUUUGCAUUUUCAUCUUAGGCACAGGCGCUGAUGUUGAAGAUCCUCAAGUGAAAGACCCAGGCAAACACACCCCAAAACAGACAGACAACUCCUUUUAAAAGGAGUUACACAGCCUCCCCCCCCCCACCUUAAAUACAACAAGAAAAGGAAGCAGAUAGAUCACUGCAGUGAAAACAAGCCUCUCUUGCCUGGCAUAAAAGUAACUAGGGAAUAUUGGAGACAGCUUUAUGCUGAUCUUUAAUGUACCCAUAAGAGCAGACUCAGAAGCAGGAAGUUCUUAACUACUCAAUCCCCAAGAAAUAUUUUAAAGAGUAGAUGCCUAAAUUGAACUCAUUCUUAUAAAACCUGGUGCUUUAGCACUAACCUGAAGGGCUCUCACAUCCCCCUAGCAACACUUUGUGCUGCUGUGAAGGGAAGCCUGUUUCACACACAGCCCUAGGUUUCUCCGCAAGACCCUCCAAGCAAUGAUUUCAAGCGCUGAGAAGAGGUAAGGUGCCAUUGAAAUGAAAUUGUGUUUUACUCUUUGUAGACAGGAAGGUUGCACGCUCCCUCUCCUCCAGCAGCAUGCCAUACAGCAGCGAAAACGACUCCGACCGCGAGAUGGGAAAGCGAGGCCGCAAGCGAGAGAAGACCAACAGACAUUCAGGGUAUGAAAGUGAAACCGCAAAGACCCAAAGAGAGGAAGGCCAAGGAACCGAUAUGGAGGAAGAGCCGGACAUGGGGGAUGCCACCAGCAAAGCAGCCAGAGACGUGCCACGCACCUCUCACAAAGUCAGGAAGGCAAGAAGUCAAGACUCAAGUCCAGGCAGUGAGGAAGGCAAGUUUGUAGGUUCGGUGCACAGGAGUGUGAGGGACGACAGGGAGAAGGAUGUGUUAGGUCAUUCUGAACACAGCCGUCGAGGAGACACCAGAAGCAGAGGACCUUCUGAAGAUGAGGAUGAAGGUGGUAAGUAUGGUCUGCAGUCAGAACUCUGAUGGGUCCAUUGCAUACAACUGUGUGGCUUUGCUUGUUCUUGACUGACUGCAUCAUUUUGCAUUCUAAGCUUUGAUAAUGGCAUGUGAAACACAACAUUGUAUGUUAGAAAGAUGUGAUUCCCCUCUCCCACCCUCAGUUUACUGUGUGUGCCAAAUUGCUGGCAGUGUCAUGCUCUGAAACGUCUGUGCCAUGCUGUUGUUUCGGGUGCUAUAGUUGUGGUCUGUGUGAUUUAACAUGUAAGGCUUUGGCGAGCUUUCCUCUUGUCUCCAUCACUAUCGUUUGCAUGGCAUUUUGUGACGGCUGAAUUUAUUACUUUCCUCGAUGGAAAAGGGAGACAAGCAGGUGAAAUGGAUCUGAGAUCAAGCAGUGCCCAAACUUGAUUGCCAUCCCGUCUGAAAGCACAGCUGGAGAGGCUAUUUAUCAACAUAGGGAAAAACAAUUGCAUCAAACGAAGUUAAAUCAGUGUAUACUUCUUGUAGGUUCAGAGACAUAAUGACAUCUAAACCACAUCUUUGUGUGCUUUUAUUGUUUAGAGUGAUGAAUAUGUGAGACACGAGAUAAAAGUUUCUGUUCCACAUUUUUUUAUUGUGAGAUUAUGGACAAGUUUCAUAGCUUUAAACUUAGCAAAUUAAAGAUAGGAGUAUAGGAGUCUGCCUUAUAUCCAGUCAGACUAUUCAUCCUAUCCAGUAUUGCCUACUCUGGCUGGCAGAGACUCUCCAAAGCCUUAAGCAGAGGUCAUUCAUAUCACCUGCUAUCUGACCUUUCAAACUGGUGAUGCCAAGAAUUGAAUUUGGGGCCUUCUGCACACAAAUCACGUACUCUAUCAACAAGCUAUGGUAUGACCCCUCCUCUAAAACCAUAUAUAUAAUUAUUAUUAUUUUGGAUCAUAAAAUGCAUACUGUUUGCACAAUCGAUUCCUAUUUUUUCUGGGUCUAAACCCCUUGGAGGGAAAGAAACAAUUAAGUUUGUGUAGUAUUAUUAUUUUUAACUGUAGAUCAUAGUGAAAUCAUUCUAGUCACUUAAUAUCAACCCAUAGUGAUGCAGACACGAAAAAAAGCCAUAAGUCAUGCUAAUUCUUCUGAUUUGUAUUUUUAUCUGCAAUCAUCUGGUGAUGAAUUAUACAGUGAUCUUGCUUCCUAUUAAUAGACAUUGAUGGUUUAUUUCUUAUUGCUUUGUGCUGUUCAAUGGAAUAGUUUGGCAUGUGCAGAAUGUUAUGAAAAUUGGAAUGGUUUGCAAACAUCUUUGGGCUGGGUUGCUUUUCAUUGCCUUGCAAUUUGUUAUGUAUCUAACACGGAGGAAAAUUGAAAAAAAGAGAGUGAAAAGUACAGUUCUGGAUGAUUAUGCUGAAUUAUUUAUGGGUGUUUUAGUUGUUUGAAAUCUUUCCCUUCAUCCAUAUGCUGGAUUCUCAAUGUGAGCAACUUCCCAAUUAGACUGUUAGAUGAGAUGAAUAUUUAAGUACUGUUGAAGAAUGAAGUUAUUAACCACUUAACAAGUACACACAUAGGAUUAAGUGCUCUAAUACAAAAUGGAAGCAUGGAGUAAUCAUGUGGGUUGAGUUAAUGGCCUGCCACAGAUUUUAGUGCAGAAGGGUAUCAUCAUUUCUGUUUAGCUCAGAUUUCUGAACAUGGUAAUUAAACGGUUGUUUGAUAGUCCUGGAUCUGAAUUAACAUAGCAUUUAGCAGAGGAUGUCUCCAGACUCUGCUGCUGUGGUAGCUGGAGAUGUUGAGAUUUUUGCCUGGCUACUGAAAUUAUCUUCUGCCUCUCCCUUUUUUUCUUUCUUUUUUUGCAAAAAGUUUUUUUUUGCCGUCUGCUGAAUGUCUACUUGAAUAGGGUUGAUCAUGGCAGAUAUAGGGGGAGACGAAAGAAAACAAAAAACAAAAAUAAAACAUGUUCAGUGGACUUUAUUUUGUAGCAAGAAAGAGAAACCCCCCUACAGAAGCAGGCUUCCAUGUAUGUUGAGGUGCGGGUGUCCAUUCUGGAUGAGCAUUUGGAUCUGCAUCUACAUAUUGUGAGCUGCCUUGGGUCCUAUACCGGUAGAAAGGCAGGACUGAAAUAAAAUAAAAUAAGUACAUCUCAGUAAUAACAAUAAUAUUAAUAAUUUUAUUCUUUAUACUCCACCCAUCUAUCUGGGUUGCCCCAGCUACUCUGGGUGGCUUCCAGCACUUAUAAAAACAUAAUAAGACAUCAGAUAUCAAAAACCUCCCGGUACAGGGCUGCCUUCUGAUGUCUUCUAAAAGUUGUAUAAUUAUUUGUCUCCUAGACACAUCCAGACCCUUCCGUCACUGGUUGUAGGCAGCAUGACUAGAAUGGGAUAGGUGCCAGUGUGUGCAUAAUUUAUUGCAGCAUCAAGCCUCUCACUGCAAUGACCUACCUGUUUCACCCACACUGCAGAACUGGAAGAAAAUCAUCCUUACACACCAAGUGGUUUAAACUCCUUGUGUACAAGACUUGUUCACAAAGCAAUACUGGGGAGGGUUCAGAUCCCAAUGGGGCUAAUGAGGUGUGUACACCUAGGCAGAACCCAUCAGGCUUCCUAUUUUAAAGAAAUCUACACUAAUGCCAGAGAGCUUUGCAACUUUCAGCAGUGAUUUCUUUUUAUAUACAUGUCGUUUUGGAGACGAGAAGAAGAAAAAAUCUUCUGUUUCUGUUUCGGGAAUAGUGGUUGCUAAGCUAAUAGGAAUGCAAUAUUAAUAAUACAUACUCUGUUAAGAACAAGUGAAAUGUAAAUAAACUUUAUUGCAUAAGCACUGAGGUUACAAUGAAAAUAUUAGCACAACUUUAAACUGUGUCAUGGCCUAAUAAGAAUGUGCUGGAAAUGUAGCAGAAUAGGACAUGUUGCUUCUCAUGCGUUUAGGAAUAUCAAAUGUUUGUUGAAGCAUGGGGAUUUGCAUUUGGAUCUGCCCAUGCAUCAAAAUGAGAUGAAGCUCACAAGCUAUUUAACCUGUUUAGAGAAUUGAUGGAAUCAUUGGAAUUGCAUCUGGAAACUUAGUAUUCAAAAAUGUCCUGAGUUUACCUGCAGGUUUUCUAUUGUCUUGUUAUUUUGGUUUGUGUGCAAAUUAAAAAUAUUUCUGAACAAAAAGAUCACCUUAUGAUCUGGUGGUAUUUUUUGUAACUUGUGUGUAGUAGUAGUAGUAGUAGUAGUAGUAGUGGCAGUUGUUGUUUUGUAUUGUGGAAAUUCCACUGCAUGCAAUUUUAAUAUCUGAUAGAUGGGAUGCUAUUUACUUUAUGUAUGUGUUUAAUGCAUCCAUGUCAGUGACAUGGAUUUUAAUUGGCAUCCUUAAUUGCUAGUAGAGUAACCUGUAAGCAUUUCCCCAAUUUCUCUCUUUUGCUCCCUGUUUUGUGAUUGUUGUGCUAUUUUUUGAAGAUGGCAAAUCCGUCAAAGAGAAAAUAGCUGAGGCCAUGGAACAUGAUCGACUUUUGAGUUCUGAACCUGAACCAAGUGACUCCAGUACGGAGGAGGAGGAGGAGGAGAGCAUAGCUAAGAAAGAUAAACAUAAAGGAGAUAAACAUAAAGGUAAAAUCAAAUGAUAAAGCCUUAAGUGCCACAACCCAUUCCAAAACUGGUUGAUCUUUAUUCUUUUUAUUUUAUACUCUCAUCUCAUCCUUCUUUUAAUUUCCUUCAUUUUGUAGUUUUGAUUGUUUCUGAAUAACUAGCAACAAGAAGGUUGCUUGUUAGGUUGUUUGGAGGCUGGCUUGUGCAUUUGAGUGUUUUUGCGUGCUUUGCCAUGUCUGAUACAGCAGAUUUCUUAAAUUCUUAAAGCUGCACUGAUCAGACUUGAACCACCAGGUUAGAAUCAACCCACCUUUUAACUAGUAUUCCCAUUAAGGAAGAGCAAGCAAGCAAGCACCAAGAAUGCUUCCUUCUGCUAGAUGGUAUGGGAAGAUGUGGAGCAGAAUCAACAACGCAUGUCCUGCAAUGUCCGGUUUGAGCCUUAAUUACCCAAAUUCUACUUGAAAGUCUUGGCCUACGUGAUAGAUAAGCAUGUGCUUGAUUAGACUAAUGGAGGAGGAUAAAGAAGAAAGCUUUUGAUGUUUCCUCCUACUUCACACUAUUCUGUACAAAUUUUACAAUUUCCAUAAACAACUUUGUCACUAGGGAAAUGGUGGUUUUUCUUAAUAAUACUGCUUCACUCCCCUCACUACCUCCCUUGACCUUCUGGCUGAAUUAUAACCACUCUUUCCAGCUCUAUUCCCCUCAGAUGCAGCUUUUUGAUUCCAGGAUUUGUCUGGUAUGAUUGCAUUGUUCAUUGAACAUCACACAUAAGGGCAUAGAUGGAUGCCAUCAGCACUUCAGCUCCUACAAUUUUUCCUGCAAAGUGUUUAGAUUAUACAAGCAUACAAGUCAGGAAGAAACCAUUUCUCUGUAUAGAUGUCAAUAUGAUUCUUUCCACUCCUUUAUAUCCUUUAACAUUUUAGAACAUAAUUUUUCAAAUGUAGUUUAUCAAGCAUAAUUAAUAACAUGUAGGCUUGUGAAGUAUCUCCCAACUUAAUGACAACAGCUCCAAUAGGAAAAAUAAAGUUAGGCUGCAGCCUAUAUACCCUUUGCUGGGUGGAAAAUUGGACAUGCAUAGGAUUGGACAACCAGUUCCACUACUGAAAUCAAUGAGAACAGUUAAUACCAACCUGCAUAAAUUUCAUUAGUAUCAAAUGCACUUUGCACAACGAGUCUUUUUUUGAUCAGGGUGUGGAGUAGUGCUCCCCUUUCUUUUGAUACUGGGGUCCCAGUUGUUUUUUGAGCACUCCAUUCUCCCACUUGUGUGUUAGUGUGUGUGUACGUAUCAAUAUUUACCAGUAUAUGCUUGAUUUAAUGGCUGCCAGAUGCCUUUCAUCUCUGCAGUGCUAUCAUUCAGCAACUCUUCACUUGGUAUGGAGCUAUUCUGCAAGAUGAACUUGCUGUCUGAGUAUUUAUAUUCCAGUUUCAGUAACAUGGCUAAUUUCUUUCAAUAUCUGUUCAUGGGCAAGGCUAUUGGGAAAAGAAGGGUUGACUGACAACUUUCUGCUUAUAUAGAAAUUGCUGCUUCUAAAAAAUGUGGGAGGGGGCAGAAACAUGUGGCAGUUUCUUAAGCAGGACAAAAUGGGUCAAAGCAGGAGAAGGCUCCCUCCUGCAUUAUUGUGCCUUGACCUCUAUAGAACCAUGUGGGUCCAGAAAAUUAGCAUGUCCAGUGUAUUCCCACGAGGUAGCUUCCUUCACACAUCAGUCCCUCAUGGGUUAAUCCACACAAUCUAGCCCACAAGUUGUCAGUGCAGAAUCUCAUCAGAUGAUUCACAAUGGCUAAGCCAAGCCAUUCUCUGCAAGGAAGGUUGAAAAACACGACACUUUCAUUGCAAUGUAUUUUUUUAAAAAAGAAAAAGCCCAACCCAAUACUGAUAGAGUUAUCACAAUUACAACUCAUGCUGUGCUUAUUUUAAUAGUGCCAGAUGGAGCUUCCUUGGCAAAAGAAUCGAGAGCGCUUGAAUCACAGAAGGUUGCGGGGCAAGUGGAACAUGCAAGACAGAUGGUGGGCAAGGAAAGAGCACUUGACGAAGAGGAGCUUGCCGAUGAGGAAGGCCCCGAAGAAACAGCUUUGGGAGAAGAAUUGCGAGGCAAAGAUGUAACAGCUCGUAAAGCAAAACGAGCAGGAAAUAAGGAGCUUGCAGCAGAACUGGAGGAAGAAGCAGUAGUGGAAUCAGAUUUGGACAAUGCCAAAAAAGAAGUUAUGCAUCAGGAAGGAAAGGCAGCUGGGGGAAAGGCAAAAGCAGAGAAAAAGCUCAAAAAACCAAAGAGUUCUCUGGGGAAGGGAGAGAAAACACAAGAUGAAGAAGAAGCUUUGGGAGAUGAUAUGGAAAGUAAGGAAGGCAAAUUAUUGAAGGGAGGUGUGAAAGACAAAAUAUACCCGAAAAUCCAACUGGAGGAUGGUUCUUUUGUGGAAGCAGAAGACAUGGCUCCGGGGUCAAACCUUGAAGGGGUUGUCUCCACAGAUGAGGAAAAAGCAGCUGUUUCUGGAGCCCUAGUAUAUGGCAGCAAAGGUGUCAGACAAGGAGUUUCAUCUGAAAUGGAGGAAAUAGUCCAAGACAUUUCAGGCCUGUGGGGGGGUGAGACCAAAAAAACAUCUCCAGAAGUGAAACAGAAGAAAAAAAUGUCUAGAGACGAAGGUUCAGCUCAACAGAAAGUAGCACCUUGGGUGGGUGAACGCUUUUCGGAAAGUGAGGCUGAGGGGGUCGUUUCAGCAGCAGAAGAUGAAGAAAUGAGAGACCAGGGAGCAAGAGUAAUACGACAGGCAGGGAGGUCAGCAGGCAAGCCAAGUUCAGAAAAAAGGGCUGGAAGAAAACCACACUUAGAAGUGAGAGAGAAGAAAAGAAUAUCUAGAGAUGAAAGUUCAGCUCAAGAGGAACUAGAACCUUGGGAAGGUGAAUCCUUAUCAGAGAGUGAGGCUGAGGGGGUCAUUUCAGCAGCAGAAGAUGAGGAUACGACAGCCCAGGAAGCAAGAACAAUACGAAAGGCAGAUAGGUCAGCGGUCAAGCCGAGUUCAGAAAGAAGGGCUGGAAGGAAAAUGUAUCAACAAGAGAAGAAAAGAAUAUCUAGAGACAAAGGUGCAGCUGGACAGAAACUGGAAUCUGAGGUGGGCGAACCCUUGUCGGACAUUGAGGCUGAGGAGGCCAUUUCUGGAGCAGAAGAUGAAGACACGACAGCCCAGGAAGCAAGAGUAAUACGACAGGCAGGGAGGUCAGCAGGCAAGCCAAGUUCACAAAGAAGGGCUGGAAGAAAACCACACUUAGAAGUGAGAGAGAAGAAAAGAAUAUCUAGAGACGAAAGUUCAGCUCAAGAGGAACUAGAACCUUGGGAAGGUGAAUCUUUAUCAGAGAGCGAGGCUGAGGGGGUCAUUUCAGCAGCAGAAGAUGAGGAUACGACAGCCCAGGAAGCAAGAACAAUACGAAAGGCAGAGAGGUCAGGUGUCAAGCCAAGUUCAGAAAGAAGGGCUGGAAGGAAAACACACGUAGAAGUGAGAAAGAAGAAAAGAAUAUCUAGAGAUGCAGGUUCAGCUCAAGAGGAACCAGAACCUUGGGAAGGUGAACCCUUGUCGGACACUGAGAGUGAGGAGGCCAUUUCUGGAGCAGAAGAUGAGGAUACGACAGCCCAGGAAGCAAGAACAAUACGAAAGGCAGAUAGGUCAGCGGUCAAGCCAAGUUCAGAAAGAAGGGCUGGAAGGAAAACGUAUCAACAAGAGAAGAAAAGAAUAUCUAGAGACGAAGGUGCAGCUGGACAGAAACUGGAAUCUGAGGUGGGUGAACCCUUGUCGGACACUGAGGGUGAGGAGGCCAUUUCUGGAGCAGAAGAUGAGGAUACGACAGCCCAGGAAGCAAGAAUAAUACGAAAGGCAGAGAGGUCAGCAGUCAAGCCAAGUUCAGAAAGAAGAGCUGGAAGGAAAACACACUUAGAAGUGAGAGAGAAGAAAAGAAUAUCUAGAGACGAAGGUUCAGCUCAACAGAAAGUAGCACCUUGGGUGGGUGAACGCUUUUCGGAAAGUGAGGCUGAGGGAGUCAUUUCAGGAGCAGAAGAUGAAGAAAUGAGAGACCAGGGAGCAAGAGUAAUACGAAAGGCAGAUAGGUCAGCGGUCAAGGCGAGUUCAGAAAGAAGGGCUGGAAGGAAAACGCAUCAACAAGAGAAGAAAAGAAUAUCUAGAGACGAAGGUGCAGCUGGACAGAAACUGGAAUCUGAGGUGGAUGAACCCUUGUCGGAGAGUGAGGCUGAGGGAGUCAUUUCAGGAGCAGAAGAUGAAGACACGACAGCCCAGGAAGCAAGGGUAAUAAGAAAGACAGAGAGGUCAGCAGUUAAGCCAAGUUCAGAAAGAAGGGCUGAAAGGAAAACACACGUAGAAUUGAGAAAGAAGAAAAGAAUAUCUAGAGAUGAAGGUUCAGCUCAAGAGGAACCAGAACCUUGGGAAGGUGAACCCUUGUCGGACACUGAGGGUGAAGAGGCCAUUUCUGGAGCAGAAGAUGAGGAUACAACAGCCCAGGAAGCAAGAACAAUACGAAAGGCAGAGAGGUCAGCGGUCAAGCCAAGUUCAGAAAGAAGGGCUGGAAGGAGAACGCAUCAACAAGGGAAGAAAAGAAUAUCUAGAGACGAAGGUUCAGCUGGACAGAAACUGGAAUCUGAGGUGGGCGAACCCUUGUCGGACAUUGAGGCUGAGGAGGCCAUUUCUGGAGCAGAAGAUGAAGACACGACAGCCCAGGAAGCAAGAGUAAUACGAAAGGCAGAGAGGUCAGCAGUCAAGCCGAGUUCAGAAAGAAGGGCUGGAAGGAAAAUGUAUCAACAAGAGAAGAAAAGAAUAUCUAGAGAUGAAGGUUCAGCUGGACAGAAACUGGAAUCUGAGGUGGAUGAACCCUUGUCAGAGAGUGAGGCUGAGGGGGUCAUUUCAGCAGCAGAAGAUGAACAUACGACAGCCCAGGAAACAAGAGUAAUACGAAAGGCAGAGAGGUCAGGUGUCAAGACAAGUUCAGAAAGAAGGGCUGGAAGAAGAGCAACACUUGAAGGCGUGGUGGCCAGUGCAGAAGGUACAGUGGAGGAAGAGGAUCUAAUUGAAGAGGAGGGUGAGGAAGUUGAAGAGGGAGGGACAGAAGUGAUUCUGGGAUCUGGAGUGGCAGCACCUAAACAGAAACAAAGAGUAGGAAGAAGGAAGACAGAGGCAGAAGGAGAAGAAGUGGAUUUUGAAGAGACAAAGGCAGGGAGAAAGGUGGCAAUUAGAAGAAGGACAGAGGCUGAAGUUUCAGGGAUAGAGAGAGAAAGGGGGUCUCUGUCCAUGGCACAUGAGAAGGAAAUAGCCCAUGGGAUGACCAUCACAGGAACCCCAAGGGUAGCUGGCGUGACAGAGGCAUCACACCUAUCCGAGCCAUUCACACAAAAAGCAGCAUUAGCAGAAGGAGGAAUGGGCAGUAAAGUCAGCUUCCAAGAUGAAGUGGAAAAAACACCAAAAGAGACUGUGGCCGGUAAAAUGUCACCUGACCUGGAGGUGCAGGUAGAAGAUGCAAGCGAUGAAGUAGAGAAGGAAGAGGAGGCAUAUUAUACAGGAGAACCAACGAUAACGCUGCGAGAUGUGGAGGAAGCUCUGUUGGCAGGGAUGCAGAAGUUGAUAGAACAAGUAUCGUUUAUGAGCGAAGAAGUGGAGGAGGAAGAGGAAGAAGAGCCUAAAGAACUUGAGGGGGAAGUUUCAGUAGAAGAGGCUCAAAUGCUAUCUCACAAGGAGGAGGCUGGGAGGAAAGAAGUUUUUGCAGCCGUAGUAAAAAGAAAAACAUGGGGUGCUCAGAGCGACAAAGCCAUGGAAGCAGGUACUGAAGAGCCUGUGGAGGAAAAAUAUAGAAACGAACAGAGGAUAACAGGAGAGGAAGAGUCUCCAGAAGAAAAUCUGCCAGUGAAAGAAAUUGUUCCCAGCAAUGCACAACAGCCUGAAGGACAGCCACCAGUAAACUUCACUUUGCAAAUGAUCAGCCUAGAAUCUUCUCGAACAUCUGACUAAGACGAAGGGGACUAGGAAUGAAGGUAAGAGAGAGAGAGAGAGAGAGAGAGAGAGAGACAGAGAGAGACAGACAGAGAGAGAGAGAGAGAGAGAGAGAGAGAGAGAGAGAGAGAGAAAUGGCCCCAAUCCAAAGAGUUGCUUUAGGCCUGCCUAAGUGUUUGCAUUAGCCAUACCUGUGUGUGUUUGUGUGAUUUUCCCCCUUUGAAUGGCAAGCACUCAUUCACAGGAAGUAAUAAUAAUAAAAACCUGCCUUUCAAACUCACCUUACUUCGUUGCCUCCAUAGCUAUAGCUCUGGAGCAGAGUGCAGGAGCCAGCUAAAGUUCCACCUUUCUUGACACUAAUUUCACUGGGGAGAGUUGAACAUGCACUUACUCAUUUACUUGUUACAAAUCAAUAGGAGUUUAAAGGUGCUUGAUUUGACUUUACAUGGCUGGUUUUUUAAAAUAAUAAUAAAAUAUCACACAGACCUCCAUCUCCUUGGAGGAAUUUGGAGCUGUUUGCAUAUCGUUUGGGCUGGGGGCUCCCUUCAGGACAGCUUAUGAGGCCAGACUGCUUAAUGGCUACAGUAGAACUGCUCAGUUUUCCUUCAGACCAUUUUAUGGGCCUAUGUGUAGCAGGCUAAAAUGGCAACUUGGGAAAUAUAUAUUUUUUACACAGUUUUCUAAACGAUUCAACCCAGUUCCUUUAGAUCAUGAAAAUACUGAAUGGUAGACUUGACAGCUGUUGCUUGUACAGUGGUACCUCUGCUUACGCACACCUCUGGUUACGUAUCCUUUGGGAUGUCAGGAGCUCGUCUUACACUCGAGUAGGACCCUGGCAGAGACACAUGCCUGACUGGCAUGUUCUUUCCCUCCUGGUUGUUUGUUCAGGAGCUUCAAAAGCUUUCUUCAGCCCGAACAUCACAGCGACCAAUGCCAUCAGACAUUGGCACACUCGGGUCUGCAGAGUCUUCGCAGCUUGUGUAACAGACCUCAGCAACUCAGCAUUUUGGCUAAUCUACUUUAUUUACAUAUAAACACACACGGAGCACUGCAACAUGGCUCUCUCUCUCUCUAGCAUCAGACAGCAAAGAGAAAGAACAAAGGACAAUAGUCCCACUUCAUGAAACACAGUAACAUAAACAUCCUGUCUCCUUCACUUCCCACUCUGUGGAGUCAAAACAUACACCAUCAUGUGAUAGACAACAAUCCCAUGACUGCAAUCAUGGAGCAGAAUUCUAACAUGGGAUACACAUGCGGCAAACCUGGAAGUAUUUUUCUGGGUUUCGCUGCGCGCUUAUGCGCAGAAGCGCUUUACCACACCGCACGCAUGUGCAGAACAGACUCCUCCAGUAGCAAAAACCUUGGGAUCUGACUGGAGCUCUGGAACAGAUUCCUCCUGCAACCAGAGGUACCACUGUAUACCACUCUUCUAAGCAGAGGCUGGUGGUGGCAGUAGUAGUAGAUAGCCAAGUUCGGUUUUCUUUAGCAGAUGAUAUUGAUGGAGAGGCCUUUCUUUGGCAUUUUGUUUUGUUUUGUUGUGUUACAUAUAUACUAGCGGAGGAAGAUAAUGUAAACAUUUUAACAGAAAAUUCCCACUGCAGUCCCAUCAGAGCAAGGCAUUCCUGCAUCCCAGAUGCUUUUGACUUGCAGAGCUCAAAACUCAGCUCAGCUGUCUCUGCCUGUUUUUCAGACUGACAGCUUUGGUUUUUUCUAUCUCACACAUAGAUCUUGCUCGCACCAUUUCAUCAUUCUUAGCUGUGUGGGUGGGGUUGCACUUAUUCCAAAAUGGCUCUCACCUUCCGGAGUCGUCCCCAGCUAGUGGGCUAGUGUUUGGGGGAUAAGGAAGUUGAGAAAGAAUAUGCAAACAUCUUUGAAAGGUCCUUGGUAGAGUAAAGCACUGCUUUAAUAGCUCCGAGGAUCAACUGCAACCAAAAGGCCAGGCCAGUUUUGAAAGGUUCAUUCUGACAUUUUGAUUCAAAAUGGUAUGCAAACAGAGGAAAAUGGCACACAAACAGUGGAAAACCUUCUCUUUGACUCCAGGAACCAAAAUUUCUUUACAAUAUCUUAAGAGAUGUCCUAAUGCACAGCAAACAAACAACUUUCCAAAGUAGCAGAUUAGAAUUGCUAGUCCUUGUUAUGUCAAAUUUGUAAUCUGCACCUAUACAGCUAACUUUCUUUUGCUUUUUUGCUUCCUUAGAGUACUCUGGGGUUUGACAGUCCCACUGUGUCAUCACUACAGUCCCAAGGCAAGGUGGAAACAAUGACUCACCCAACCAAGCAUUCUCUCCAAUUAUUCCACAGCUUCCAUUUUCCCUUUUCCAUUAGUCAUAUUACGAUUAUGAUUAUUUAGCAACUUUUCCACAAAUCACUCUAGGCUGGUGCUGGCUGGGGUGUCUUCCCUCCUUUUUCUUUCUUUUCCUUCAUGAGUAGCAUAAACAUCUGCUGCUUUUUAACCAGAACAGCGCCAGACUAGAGAAAUAAGCCUAUCUAGCCCAUUUCAGAAAUAGCACUCCUUUAUAAUUAUGAAAGUAAUAAUCAUGAGGCCUGUCCAACAGCUGCCACACAUUUCUUUUAAAAAAGCAGAAAAUUAUUAUGUUGCUGGGAACUUCACAAAAAUCAGCCAGUUAACUGUGGUGAUAGUGAGAGCCACAAUGAGGGGCUUUAUGUAGAAUAAUAAAACACCUGAAAAAACAGAUGAGAACUGUACAUAUUGUGAUUAUAUCCAUUCCACCCCCCCACCCCCCUGCUGCCUUUGGUGUGUCAUUUGUGUGGGGGUUUGGGGUUUUUUUGGUGUGUAAGCAAGGCUAGACACAUGUGUUCCAAUAGAAAGGUGCAUAUGUUCUGACCAGGUCUUUUUUUCAUCUUUUCAAAAUAUAAAUAUCAAAUGUUCAUUUACAGUGGGAUUAGUUCUGCACCCAGGCACAGAGGGCGCAGCCCACUUUGCUUUGCAUGUUAACUGAGCUCCUUUUGAGAGGAGCUACAACAUGUCUAAGGGCAAAGUAUUAUUUGUUGUUGCUGUAUGUAAGGACAUGCUGCAGCAUUGAUUCCAUUGCCUUUUUCAUGGACUUGGCUCCUUGCACUUCUGCUCUUUCAAGGGAAGGGGGCAGGCAGUCUCCCCUGUACAAGUGGAACUUUCCACAGGGAGCUAAGCCAUUUGAAGACGUCAUCACAAUUCCUCAGGCAUGCAUGCUACAUGCAUUAUUUCAAUGGUGUGGCUAGCUGCCUCAAAAAUAGCAGCUCCAUUUGAAUGUCUUAACAUGUACACAGGGCUUUGCGCUGUUGUACAGAAAGAGACUUUGCCAGUAUCAGAGCACAUGCAAAUGCCUUAACAUGAAUGCCAGGGGUAGCCAAUAUGAAGCCCCCUGCCCCAAAGCUUUGAACUACAAACCCCAUCAUUUCUCACCAUUGGCUAUGCUGACUGGGGCUUAUGGGAACUGUAGUCUAAAACAUUGGCAGUGUUAGGUCACUUUGAAUAUUAUUUUAUCUAAAAAUGCUGAGAUUCCUGGGUGAAGACUGCAUUUUUGUGUUUGUGUGUGUGUGGGGGGGGUGUAACACCAGAGUACAAAGCGUCCCCAUGCCACCAUCUUCAUCUGAAGUACCUACAAAAGGUAGAUGCCACAUAGUGUUGGUUUUCUUCACAUGUUGACCUUGCAGUUUCUCAGUAAUUCAGCCAUCAUGGGCCAUGCAUCAGUGCUGUGUGGCCUGCAGGGGUGCAGUGCUGUCAAAGAUGGGACAUUGCUCUCCAACUCUUGCCCCACUCAGCAUGGUCAAUAGACAGGAGUGAUAGGCGUGUCAUAUACUGGAUGUGAGCCACCCAUGCUGAAAGUGAACAGAAUAGCGAAGACUAGCAGCACAAUCCUAUCCAUGUUUACCCAGAAGUAAGCCCCAUUGAUGUGUGGGACACGGGUGGCGCUGUGGGUUAAACUGCAGAGCCUAGGACUUGCUGAUCAGAAGGUUGGUGGUUCGAAUCCCCCGACGGGGUGAGCUCCCAUUGCUCGGUCCCUGCUCCUGCCAACCUAGCAGUUCGAAAGCACCUCAAAGUCCAAGUACAUAAAUAGGUACCGCUCUGGCGGGAAGAUAAACGGCGUUUCCGUGUGCUGCUCGGGUUUGCCAGAAGCAGCUUAGUCAUGCUGGCCACAUGACCCAGAAGCUGUACACCGGCUCCCUCGGCCAAUAAAGCGAGAUGAACGCCGCAACCCCAGAAGCUGCCACGACUGGACCUAAUGGUCAGGGGUCCCUUUACCUUUACUAAGCCCCAUUGAAUUCUGUGGGUGGGAUUCCUGCCUAAAGGAGGACUGGGAAGGUGUUGCUUUUCCUCAUUUCCAUCACCAAUUUAACAGACACAUUAGAAUCCCCUACAUGUGUAAAUAUGGACUGGGCCACUAAUUUCAGCAAUAGUGGAUUGGCAUAUGAAAGAAGAGAGCUCCUCCCCCGUGCAAUUUAAUGCUUUCCCCUCAAAUGGAAAAUGAUCACGUUUUAAAUUACAUGACAUUGAUGAGAAUAAUAAUAAUAAUAAUAAUAAUAAUAAUAAUAAUAAUAAAUUUUAUUUAUAUCCCGCCCUCCCCAGCCGAAGCCGGGCUCAGGGCGGCUAACAACAAUAAAACAGUACAAAAGUACAGCAUAGACAACACUCUAAAUAAAAAAAUAAAAACAAGAAACAAUUAGGUUCCAUUUUUGAACAUGAUCGGGCUGCGUAAGGGCAACCGGGAAUAGACAUAGGGUGGGCAGGAAGAGAGUUGGGGAAAUAGUGUGGGGUCAAACCCCCCACCCCAAUGAAUGUCUUAGCAUCACUUGUCCAGAUGCGCACUUAGCAUGCUCAACAGGUCCCAGCUCAAUCCCAGCUGCUUGGAAGUUGCAGAAGGAAGGAGAGAGAGGGAGUAGGAGGAAUGAUUUCUCUGUGUUUCUGCUUGUGUCAGGGUGGGAGAGGAGGCAAAGGCAAGCGUUUCCUCUGCUCCAUCCUCUCCACUAAAAGCACAUAAGAACACAAUAUGUGUGUGGGCAUCUAUUGGAUUGGGGGGGAGGCAAAUGGACUCCUGUUGCGCUUCCUUGCAUCUUACCAUGUGGUGCAGUGUGCAUGCAUAUGUCUGUGCAUGACUGUGGGUAGUAGUGGCCAUAUACAUGGAAGUGUGUGUUGAUACAGGAGUCAUUAUUCUCUCAUUUCUUGCCUCUUAUUUAUUAAGGGCCUAAAUUACUUUCAGCAUGCAGUCAAUACAGAACAAUAAUACUGUCCAUUGGCUUGCAAUUAAAAUAAACGUUUGGUAGUCUCAUUAAUUUUAUCCAGAAAGAGUUUUAAGCUGUGUAACCAAAGAGCUCUCAGAGCAGUGUACAUUGUAUAGCUGUAGAUGAAGCACGGCUAGAAUUCACAAAGCCCUUAAGAAAGAAGCAUACAUAAAACAACUAUAAUUAAACACCGGGGGGGGGGGGGGGACACACACCAGAAUUUUAAAAAAUCAAAUAUAGAGAACAGGGUAGGCUUCAUGAUUUUUUUAAAAAGUUUCUGCAGAUGUUUAAAACAAUAUGGUGGAGGAACCUUCCUAAUAAUAGGAAGUUCUAAAGCGCAAGUUUUGCCGUAACACAACCAUGGCAUCCAUGCUUAAACAGCAAUUUGGUCUUCAGAUGCUAGCAGGUGAUAGCAUUUAUUUCCAUGUUGCAAAGAGGUUCAUCUCCUGAUUUCUGCAAAUGAAACAGCAGUUAAAAGUACAGGAGGAGUCACACCCAUAUUUGGCCAGCUGGCCACCAACCACUUGGAUGGUUUUUCUUAAGGUUGGCCGAAUGCCUCCACUCUUUGAGCCUGGGUGUCAGAUGCAAUAGUUAGCACAUCCCUGUGAGUCCCAAAUGGCGGACUCCCCCGCCCCUUCAAUAUAUUUAGCCUUCACAACUUUGGAUGUUUGCUUAGACUUAGAGAUAUAAAAGCAGUGUUUGAUCAAGGCUCUUGGACUUCAGGGAAUUCUAACGGACUGUGCAAGAGCCAUUUUUCACUUUGCAGUUAUCUGUCCUUAUGGAAUCUAGUCCCAGAUUUCCUGCAGUGGUGACCAGAGAUGCCAUAGAAAAUGAAACCCCCGUAUCCUUAAUAGUUGUGCAGAUCAGAGAAUUUCAGUAGAGGCCAUUUUCCUCUGCAGCACCAGAGCAUGACAAGCUGUCCCAUGUCUGAAAUAUACUUUCUGCGUCUGCAUUCAUUCCCACCUGUAUUUCCAUUUCUAUUCUGGGAUUGCUAAUGCAUCGUAAAAGGCACAUGAAGUAGCCACAUAAAGCAUCUCAGCUUCUCUUGCUUAAGCCUGUGUAUAUAAAUAGAUUUUCAGUGUGAUUAAAACAAAAAUUGCAAAUUAUUUUUCUAUUGAGAGAUUUAAAUUGUUGUACUUCUGAUUGGGGCCGGUGCUGCCAUUUGGCAGAGGGAGCCAGCUACCCCAGGCAUCAAAUGCUGACAGACAGGAAGUGGUGGUGAGGUGUUGGCAGACAGGCUGAGUUUGCCACUUGGUCUGCCCCACACCUCCUAAGCUAGCCUGCUGCCUCCAGGCACAGCAGAUAAUGUUGCCUGCGAUGAAGUAAGAUUCAUGGAUGAGAUCUUGUUAUUUGCCUCAAGCGGCAAGAUGUCUUGGGCUGACUCUUUUCCAGGCACUCCUUUUCUUGUUCAUAUGUGAAUGAUGUGCAAUACUUCUGCUUUCAAGGUGUGAACUCUUUGUGGCCAUUGAAACAUCCAGAAUGUCUCUGAGGUACGUCAAAUUCUACAGUGGAAUAAUAUGUGGUCAGUGUUCUCUACCCUCCUCCCCAUCCAGAGCAAUCUGUGAUAUUUAUGAAUUUUAUGGGUGAAUAAAUUUGUUUAUUAAUUGCCA